ACUUGGACUAGACCGGUGGAUGAAGCAGAGGGGCAGCAAAGUUGGACGAGGUGGAGGGCGGGCUCAAACUAAGCCAAAGUAAAGUACCCUGAACACUUACCGGUAUAUAUAUUUAAUAUUUUGCUCUUACUUUUGGAGCGUUAGCUGGACUUGUUCGUAUUAUAUCGCUUUUACACGGUUACGUUUUUGCAGCGGGUGAACGUCGGAUGGACCUGCGCGUGCUGUCCUCCUGUAACCGUCGGGAUGAAUGAGACAAAGACGGAGACGGAGGCAGGCUGGAGAGACGCCAACUGUGAACAUCUUUGACUGAGGAUAAGUUUGCUGAAAUGUGUUCAAGACGGUGAAAUGCUUCUCUCGGGUACUGACUCAAAACUCCUAAAAAAGGUGCCUCAUCACGAUAGUUUCACCCAGACCGACCUUGCGUUUAAUGGUUAAGACAGUUCAGCUCUGGGCUACUACUCGCCUUUUGCUUAACUUAGACGCCUCUUGACAAUGUGAAAGGUGAGGGGGGUAAAAAAGAGAGUUUUAACCGAACUAUCUUGCUGUGUUUUUGCUUCAACAGGGCUAUACAUGAGUUUAGGUAACGGACUUGUAGUUAUCUCACAGUGUUUCUCCUUCUUCUGCUUCAACUUUUGGAUGUCUAGACGGGAGAAUUGAACUGGUGAAUGAAUGUAAGGUGAAGUGACAUGGACCCCAGUGCUGAAUUGCCUGUGCACACACACCAAACGGAUAUGAUGAAGUGCACUUAAGAUAGUCUUCCUUCAUAUCUGCUUUUAAGAUGAGCCAAGGGGCAAACCUUGUCCUCGAGUGGCUUUCCAAGCUCAACCUGGCCCAGUAUGUGGAGUCCUUCAUUGACAAUGGCUAUGAUGAUUUGGAAGUGUGUAAACAGAUAGGGGAGCCUGACCUGGAUGCCAUUGGUGUCCACAUUGAGUACCACAGGCACAGGUUGCUGGCAGCGGUGAAAACGCUGAAGGAUGAGGACAGAAGGAAAACGCCAAGCUACUAUUUCACCCUAGAGCCUCUGGGGACUACUUCUUGCAACCAGUCUUCACACCCAAAUGAGGAGGAUGACUUCAGGACUUUGGGGUCGCGUUCACACAUGUCAGGAAAACACCAGGCCUCCUGUCCUGGAAACCAUAACCUGAGAUUCACUGAUUGUAAUGACUUUGUGACUUACCCCAAACUGAAGCUGAAGGUCCUGAUUAGGGAUAAACUAGCAAAAGAUGGAAUCAACCUGGGAGAGGCACCUUACACCCAUAAGGUAGGAAAAUUUACUUUUCCUUUUUUAGAACAUGCUGUCACUCAGUGCUGGCUCUUCAGGCUCUGUCUCCUGGAAUUUAAUACGCCUAAUUUGUUAGGUUUGUGAUGGAGAGUGUGGCGAAUUUCUUUGAUAGUGCUGACGUUCACUGAUUGUCCUUUAUUUAUUCAAGGUUUCCAGCGGCUUCUCUAACAAGGGACUACUUGCAUACAAUGUAUUAUUGUUGAAUUUCAUACCCAUGAUCAUCCAACCCGUCUGACAAUUCAUGUUGUAAUUAGUGAGUGAAAGACCCAUAACCAAACCUGGGAUCUGCUUUUGGUGUCUUUGGUUUGGGGAGAAAAGUAGGAUUGUCAAUGUGAUUAUCAAGAAUGUACACACAUCUUAGCUCUUCCACUGCGCCUUUUAUAAAAUAAUAACUUUUGACAUGGUGUUGUAGUUUUAUUUUGGUUGAAAUAAAGCAAAACUUUUGCUUUUUGUCAUGCAGUCUAUUUGCAAUUACCAUGGUGCACAUUUUUAGCCAGGUGCUAGUUGGACUACCAGUUUUAAUCAAUCAGUCGGGAUCAAUUUUAUGUUAUUGACAGCUCAGCUUGCAAAUCCAAAGCUAUAACUAAUCCUUACACUUUACAGUCAACACAUGACCAUUGAAUGAGGGUCAAAGAUCCUGACCUCUUUGUGCAGAUCAGUGGGACAACGAGUCUGUCUGCCAUGACGACAGAUGUUUUCUGCACGGAUCAUACAUUUACAUGACGACGGCAUGCCAUUUCAUUUGUGGGAUCUCUGCACUGACAAAGGUCCACUCUGUGUUGACUGUAGAGAGCCUCAGAUAAUGUAAUUGCAGAGGAUAGCUAUUUUGCUUUUUUUCAAAUCCAUUCAGUCUUUAAUACCCUCAGUGUCACCAGCUGAAGGGCACAUUUGGCAUAUUUUCAACAAUCUGUCACUGUCAGUGGAAGGCAUGAUUGAUGGAUGCUGGAUUUGAUUAAAUCACAGAAAACUGAUGUUGACUAUUAGACGAAACAUGUUGCACUGGUGAUAUGAAUCUGUUUAGCUACAUCAUUACAGACUGUCAGAAUGAAUCCCUGUGAAGCAUCACUGUUGAACAUGUCCCCAGAAUAUCUUAGCACUUCUAGACCUGAGGCAGAGUUCCCGCUCUCAGUGGUGGCACUUAGCCAGGAGGGAACUUUACUUAACUUGAGUGCCUUUAUACGAGCCUUCCUCUGGAGCAGCUUUAUGUACCCUAUAAUAAAAAAUGUACAAUGUUUGGUUAUUUCUGAUUUAUUCUAAUGAUGAUAAUCUAAUUGCAAACGUUUAUAAUACCCACUAAGGUACCAUUUGCUAUACAGCGGUUGGACUUUUACAGUAGCACUGUGUUUUUCUGGCCUGGUCACCGAUACAGGCAUACACUGUUCAUGAAAGAUUCAAAAGCUGUAAACUACUGAGUGCAAAAGCUCUCUGUGGUUCACUUCCAGCUUUUUUUUUAUAGGUAACAGUCAGCGCUUGCAUAGUCAGAUUCAUGCAGGAAAGUUUGUGUGAGCGAAGAGCAUCCUCAUGGAGUGAGCAGAACUUUGCAGGAGUUUAGGUUCAUCCACAGUGUUAAAAUCGAGGGAUGUUACUGAAACAGAUUUUAGAGCGGUGAAUGGGUUAGUAGCUUUAUUUAUGCUCUACUAGUUAGCUGAUGCAGCAUGUACAAAGUACAACUGAUCUCCCCUAACAAAUCAUUUAUGUUGAACUUUGCUUUUACGGCUUUACACUGUGUGCUUAACAUUUGGCAAUGGCAUUAAAUGUCAUCCUGCUUCGUUUCUGUAGGAAAUAGGCCAGCCUUUUUUUUGGCUAAUUAAGCUCUCCAGUAUUUCCAUUAUGAGGGCAGACAGCUGCACUCCAUUUAUUCAUUUAACAUGCCGUAAAGUACAACUUUGAUGGGGAGCAGCUCAUUAGUGGAGGGAGAAAGUCAGGUGGAAAAGACGCACCUGGUUCAUUUUCUCACUUGGAUAAUAGCAUACUGUCGAUCAGCAUCAGACUAAGUUAAGCUGCUCUAUCAGCGAGGAAUCCUUUUACCUCUUUUUGAGGCAUGUUCUCAGGGCCCUUUUCUGUCUGCUCAUCAGGUCUUGCAGUUAUUUGGAUCAGUAUUCCCACAGUGCCUCUGCCUCUGAUUUGAUAGUGCAAUCAAUUCCCAAUGAGCAAUGUGCUUUACUGACUCUCCUGCACGCAUGACUUGUUCACACAGGCGCACCGGAUCUGUCGGUGAUGUUGAGAGGGGGAGAAAAAAACACAAGGUAAUGCGAUAAAGGCUGGUUGAGCUGUAAGUGACCUAAACGCUGGCACAUCAACACUGAUAGGAAUUAGGGAUUUUAAAACCAAGGUUAUGCAAGAGCAACAUGGGAAAAAUGUAACCUAAAAUGUAUCUUUGGAUAUCAACCACUGUGAACUUGUCUCUCCUGUAGGAAACAAAACUAAAGAAACAAACAAUUGAGGUUUAGGCUGAAAAGUCAAGUCAUCACAUUAUACAGUGCAGUAUUUUGCUUUUUGUGCUUUUGUGUUUACACAAAUCUAUAUUUACCUGAUGUUUGAAUAACCUGGGGUCUGGAAUUAAAAAUAGAUUGAUGCAAAACACAUUCACAAUUUCAGAGGAGCAAAAAAGAGGUGAGUGAGUGCACGCAUUUGUUUCGUGCCUCACCUGUGUGCAGCUGCAGCGCUAUAGGGUUAUUGUUCGCAUAAAUAAUGCAAUACUGUAAACAUACCACAUGUGCAUGCUGACCAACCUGUUUUUUUAUUUUCAAAGAGAAAUGCAGGAAUAUGUAUCUGCUCAAAACAAACAAACAAAUAACAAAAAAAGCAGGAAUGCAUGAUUGUGGAUUUUGAUAUGCCAGUAUUUUCCAACUCUUGGCUGUAACUAUUGUUGGAAAAUUUUCUAUCUGCAGAUAAUAUUAUGCAGAUAAUAUGAUGCAUCCCCAGCACUUUGAAAGCAGCUCCUCUCGUCUUCCUCACAUCCUGAAGAAAAGCACAAAAUAUAACCCCUACCUUGUAUAAAUUUAAGAUUUAAGAUUUGGUUGUUAACUCCUUAAAGAUGAAGAAAAAGCUUCCCUUAAAUCCAUCAAGCAUCAGCUUUGUCAUCAGACAGCAAACAUUCAUCAUGUUGCUCAUGUCCAGACCCUGAUGGGAAGGAUUCCCUUGAAGUCUGUCUUAACAAAAGCUUUUAAACCCUGGAGAAGGCCUCAUCACAGUGCCCGCUCUGAAAAACACCCUCAGAAUGGGGAACAAAUGUUAGUUGUUCAUAAGAUUUCCCUGUGUUGCUCUGCCAGAGGAAUCGAAGGACAAGCAAAAGCAGCAGGCUCCUUUUGUCAGAAGAAAAGCCUGUCUGAAUAGAACCUGGCAAAAUACGAGGUCCGCAGCAGCUGACAGCUGUCGCUGCUUUUGUCACAAUAAAAAAGGGACUGAAUAGAAGACGUGUUUUCACUGGGCAAAGUUGAGUUGAAAACAGCAACACUGGUGCUGCGUUAUACUGAGGAUGACCUGUAAAUAAGCAAAGUGGUUUGUAGUUUCAUGGUUGAUCGCAUCAAUUUGCUUUUCUUCUAUUUACAUUAGUUGUUGAUCCUUUUCACCUUAAAAACAAGACACUUGGUCACUUCGAUGAGCAGAUAGCCAGCACAAUUGUUUCACAGCAACAAGUUCCUGGGUUUGAGGAGAGCAGGGAGUUUUUAUCUGGAGUUUGCAUCUGUUCCAUUCUCCCCUGUCCUCUUAUUAGUCUGUCUUUUAUAUGGAAACUCAGAAUUUGGUUUGAUUUAGGGCUGGGCGAUAUGGCCUCAAAUCAAUAUCACAAUAUAUUGAACAGCUGAACUCGAUAACGAUAAAUGGAUGAUAACUUCUCCACAAGCUGCUCACCCCCUCCCACAUUAACUUUGUCUACUUCAGCCGCCACUCCCGCCGCUACAACUUUUGAACCAUCCUCCAGCUUCUGUCCUGUCUUUAACUCUUUGCUACGGACUGGAUAGGGUGAAGUCAUGUCUCUGGCAUAGGACAGCAUCUUAAAGGGACAUGAGACCAAAGCCUACCUACACACAUCCAAGAACAACUUUUAUUUAGUUGUUUUUUUUGACACACAAUAUACCAAUAUGGGCAAAAUGACAUCGGUUAUUGUCGUAGAUUUCAGUAUCUGUACAUUUUCGGUUUAUCGCCCAGCCCUAGUUUGAUUUUUUUAUGAACUGUUGUCUGCAUGUUGGGCUGCAUGCGUGACAAUCUAUAAUAAUCAAUCUAGAUAAUCUAUACUUUUCCAUUUGGUCGUAUUGUAUUGUGAUCCAUCCAUUACUAUCAUCGUCUUACUUACCAUGAAGUCUACCCUUGGGUGGGCCUACUUAUGGCCUUUAUUCAUGUUAUGUCGGUAUAGAUUAAGUCAAACCACUGGGCCAUUACAGGAAUAUUGCUGGAUUAUUGCACUGAUGGUGCUGAGGGGGGUGGUUGAACAGCGUUGCACACAGCACUCAGCAGCUUAACAUGCCAUUAACAUGUCCCGUCCCUUAUAGUUUAGGAUUCAAUACAUUUGUGUCCGGUUUGUCUCUCGUGCAGUAGUCUGUUCCUCCCCUUCACACAACAGGACGGUACAAGGACAGCUGUGAUUGUACCAGCACAUUUUCAGCCACUCCACAUCACAUCACUGCUGAGUGGUAUCAGAGAUGCAUAUGUUGUUCACACAGGGAAUAGUGUGCUAUGUAUAAUGUAAACCCUUGUGUUAAGCAGGGCAUAAUCACUGACCUAUAUCUGUGAAUUUAAGAUUAGAAUUGUCCGGGGUCAGCGGCAGCGGACUCGAGGUUGAAGAGCAGUGUUUGCUUGCAGCUUAUUGUUUUCUGUAGAUCCAUCUAUCCAGUUAAUUUUCUCUUCAUACAGCCCUCUGCUUUCAUGUCGCUUUUGCAUAGAAAUUAUUCAGGGGAGCAUCUGGAAGGGCUUGCCAUGAAACACCAGACAAGUGCAUCACGCACACAGUAACACAUAUUAAAAAUGCUUAUUCUGGACUGAACAGUUUAAAAACUCAACAAGGGAAAGGCCUUGUUUUGUUUUUGUUUUUGAACAAAGAAUAUCUUUCUUUUGAAACAGUCCUCAGUCUUCCUUUUCGUUGCUUCAGCUAUUGUAUAACUAAGCUAAGUAGGUCUUUGAAACUAAUGGGCGCUCUCUGAAUUUAAAUGACUGUGCACUGAGGAAAACCUCCUUUGCUUUGUGGCAGACACACGCAAGAGACAGCUCAAAUGAGAGAGGAAGUUUUUAAGUCUCUAUUAGAGCAAAGACACUGCCUAAAAGAAUGCUUUGUGUUUACGGUACAAGGGCUCUGUCCGAUUGUAGAGAAUGGGUCAUUGCGGUGGUGCACAUAACUCAAGUGUGGUUUGUUAACUUGAUAGAAGGGUUACAUUUUUUUACUAACAGGACAGCAUUAUGUCUGUAAAAAAGCAGUGGAACAUUUUUGCACUUGACAACUUAUUACCAAAGAUAUAUCAGUGUGCGAACACGUUCUACUGCGUAAAUUAUAUUUGAACCAUUACCUGCUUGGGGGAAUUUUCAAUCCCUUUAAGUCAGGGCUGGGCAGUAAACCAAAAAUUCACCAAUACCGAAAUUUACGUCAACAACUGACGUCAUUUUGCCCAUGUCAAUAUGUUGGGUGUCAAAUAAAUAAAUAAAAGUUGGUUUUGGAUGUGUGUAGGUAGGCUAUGGUCUCAUGUCCCUUUAAGACGCUGUCCUGCAUCGGAGACAUGACUCCACCCCAUCCAGUCCGUAACAAAGAAGGAGGACGGUCCAAAAGUUGGAGCGGCUGGAGCGGCAGCUGAAGUAGACCAAGUUAAUUUGGGAGGGGGUGGGCAGCUUGAGGAGCAGUUAUCGUCCAUUUAUUGUUAUCGAGGUGAACUGCUCAAUAUAUCAUAAUAUUGAUUUGAGACCGUAUCGCCCAGCCCUACUGUAAGUGGUAAAAUGGAAAUGAAACAUAGAAGGUUGUAUGUCUUUCCCUCAGAAAUGUAUUCCCCGUGAGAAUAGGAACAAAAAGUGAAUAUCACUGCUGGCAAAAAGAUGUCUCAUUUCAUUCACAUUAACUCGUACAAAUAAAUGAAUUGCUUGACUCAAUAAAUUAAUGAAUUGCAGCAGGUUUUACUAAAAUAGAUAUUUCCGAUGUCCGCUCGAUCCUUUUCUUUCUCUUUCUCUCUCUCUCUCUUUCUCUUUCUCAGUUGCGUCACCACCAGGCUCUUGGAGAUCUAUGAGCCAUAUUACAUUGACCUUGAUCACGUCCCAUUACAAGGGUCAAACUAUCCUCUGUGCUGGGCUAUUUUUAUUUCAUGGGCAAAAUGGGGCCAUUUCAGCAGUAUUUUCACUCAGUCAAGCAGAGAAACCUCUACUAGGUAGAUAAGAGGGCUUCCCUUUGAAAGGGAGGGACCAUUAAUCUAAUGCACUUCUAUAUAUUUUUUUGUUAUUUAUUAUGCAUUAGGUUUUACAUUUUGCAUGAUUGUAUGCAAUGUUUUGCUACAUUGUGAAGGUCUGAUGUAAUUUAGAUCACUUCAAGACCCAAGGGCCUUACUUACUCAACACAGCUUUUCAUUCACAAAGCUGUCCGAUCAGUUUUUCAGAUUGUCAAGACAAAACUUUUAAAAUUAAAUCUGUUAUAUAGAGCUGUACUAAUCAUUUUAACUGACGUGCCAUUUGCCGUUUUUCCAUUUACUGAGCGACUGUGCAAAAUGCACAAGAAGACAAAGAAGAAAGAGUAGCUGUUGUGCGCAAAAGAAGUUGGAAUGAUAGCUUGAUAAAGGAGAAUCAUACUUAGCAGAUAUCCCAGCAGGCCACAGUCACUUCAUCAACAGCAGGAUUAAGCAGGGGAGCGUGUCGAUAUGGAAUAUGACUGAUGAAUAUCAUUACAUAUUCCCAUUCCUACACACGGCACCUUUUAAACCAGCACUAAGGCUACCACGAGAGCCAGCUACAACAGUCUAGACGCCCUCUGGCUAACUGCAGUAAUCCAUCAUAGCUUGAAUGUCUGAAACACAAACACUUUUUUUGCGUGACAGUCUAAGGGUCUUUUGCUUUUUACAGCCAUCAUUACAGAUAUUGCAAACUAUUAGUCCCACAUAUCUUCUGAAAUCAGGUCAUAUAAGGAUUGCAGCCCAUAACUUGUGACAUGCUCAGGUUCUCUUGAUACAUUAGUGUUAAUUCCACUUGGAAUAUAUUAGUAAUGUGACUCAUUGUAAUUCAAUUGCAUUAAGCAUGGGCAUUACUAAUAGGUCAGUUCAGGAUUGCUCUUUUUGCAUGUGAAUACGAAUCAAAAAUAUUGGCACGAUCACACAGUCAGAAUUGAUCAUAUCAAGUGAAAAGCUGCCUCGUGUGCAGCUGUUCCGCUAUUGGAUUUUGAAUGAACUCCCCUUAUUUGCCCCAGAUUAGUCUCAGACUGCGUAUCCUACUUGUGUUACAUUGUAUUGAUCAUACCAUGUAAUUUAGAGCCUCCUAAAAUUAAGUCCCAAACUCAAAAUCUGAUUCAAAGUGAGUUAGAGUUAAUAUUGUAAUGCAGAUGCCCUCUAAAAUUAUCUGGUUUAAGUUUUAAAGUGGGAACUACAGACCCUUACCAGUGUUACAUCUAUCAGUCUAUAUGCAAUUUCCAAGACUUUGCAUGUGAUGUAAGGAUGAUAUUCAAAAGAAUCUCUCAUUUGUCUUGAUUUAUUCUUGCUUUUUUCUACUUUUCCUCCAGUCAGACCCUUGAAGUUCCCCACAGCUCAUUCAAAAUGCAAAAGGAUUAAAAAAAACAAGACAACCAGAGAGUAGACACGGCAAAUCUCUGCCGAUGUUUUACAUUCGGUUUCAGAGUUAAGUUCAAGUUCAAGCUUUCCUUACUGUUCAACUCUGCACUUGGCUCACUUCCCAUACCACCCAAAUCUUUUCUGAAUAAUGCUUUAAGACAGUUCGGAACUAAUUGUGCAUUCCCCAGGUUGUCUGGAACUGGUGCUCAGAUUAAUCCCAGGUCCAAAAGAGAAAUCACUUUUGUUCGCUCAUGUAGCAUCCUAUCAGAUUGCCUGUGUAAAUACAUUUUUAAUUAAAAAACAAACAGUAUUUAACUUUCUAAUGUUGUAAUAAUAGCUUGUGAGUUUAGAUUUAUAGUUUCUGUUCUUUUAAUAACUUUUUUGCUUUUGUUGGAAAUUGAAAAUCCUUUUGAAUUUGACAGACUGACUGGUCAUAGGUUACCACAGCCACCUGCAAAUUAAUCUUGCACUGAUAGCGGUAACAAGCAGAUCAAAUGUCAGCUGUUCUACAAUGGAUUUGAUCCUUCUUAUGUUGUCUUCGCAGGCAUGAAGCCAGUGCAUCUCCUCACUAAAGCCUUGGUGUAGGUGUUUAUUGGAAACCAGCGUAGUGCUCCACUUUCACAACCAUGUGUGGUUAAUCCCAUUGGCUCGGCAUACUUUGUCAGUCCUGCUUCCAUAUCCCACUUCCUCCUGAAAUGGUUGUAAAUGCAGGUCAAACACUACUUUGCUUUAGUGCAAGGAAUUAUUGCUCUGCUAAAUGACUGUAAAAUGACAUAAUAUUUAUCUAACUGACUAGUAGGGGUGGGAAUCACUUAUUGCCCCCACGAUACGACAUCAUCACGAUACUUGGGCUACAAUACGAUAUUAUUGCAAUUUUUAACAUUUUGCAAUACAGUGAGUAUUGUGAUACAGUGCAUUGCGAUUUAUACAUUUUUUUUCAACUUUUUAGCUAAUUUAGCAUUUGUCUUUCCUUCAUGUUUGCCUUAUUUACGCUGUAUUUUAUUUUCAUGUAGCAUAUCUUGCAAACCUUAUAUAUAUAUUUAUUGCACUAACUUUCUCCUGCUCUAUGAUGUCAUCUCUGCCAACCUCACUGGAAACAAAUGCUAAAUUAGCUAAACAGUUGAAAAAAUUGUAUAAAUCGCAAUGUAUUGUAUCGCAAUACUCACUGUAUUGCACAAUGUUAAAAAUCGCAAUAAUAUCGUAUCGUUGCCCAAGUAUCGAGAUAUUAUUGUAUCGUGGGGCCACUGGAGAUUCCCUCCCCUACUGGACAAACAGUUUAUUUUAUUUUUUCCAGUGUAAUAGAUUUGACUUUAUAUGAACAAUUAAUUUGAAAAAUUGAUACUUGGUAAAUGAGACGAUACGAUUUAUCCAGACAAAAAUCACCAGACAAAAUAUCGCGAUACUAUGCUAUGCUACUAUACUAUCGAUUUUUUCUCUCACCCCUACUGACAAGUAUAAAGCUUCUUAACAAUGGCAAAAAACGCUCAAGAGCAACUGCAUGUACAUUAAAUAAGUAAACUGAUUCACUGUGUGUCAUUUAGACUUUUGCAGUGCAUUUAUUGCAAAUGCUCACUGUGCUGGAUCAAUGAUUUCAUGCAGCCCAUUGUACCUGCCAUGGUAACAUUUCUGAAAAGGUCAAUAACACCUCUCUGUUUUGACUUUUUGCUUUCAGUGAAUCUCAGGUCAUCUGUGCAACGUGUUUGUCGAUUAGUUGUAUGGUACUGAAGGGCCAAGGGGAUCAGCCUGACACCACUGUAAUAGCUGGAGCAAAGUGCCAUCACAUGACAUUAAUCCAUCCAAGUCAGGAAGGCACUGCUGAUCUUUUUUCUGACGUGUACUCUGGGCAUCAGAUAAAUCUUAAUGAAAAUAAAUAUAUCAGUUAUGUAUUGGAGAUAUUAUUUUUGCUUCAAGUGGCCAGCACUACUGAGAACAGUCGGUGAAGUGAUAUUUCAGUAAUAUUCAUGAAUCCACUUCUGCAUUUUGCCCUUUUUAGUAUAAAUCCUACUGUGAGGAGAGGGGUGAAACAACAGUCACACAUCAGUUCUAGUUUGCCUGUUUGUCCAGUGACCGGCAGGCCCAUGCAGCAGCCUCCCAACAGAGUCCACUGCUUCCUCGGUCCACUGGUACUCUGCAGUACAAGAGGUCACUGCUUGGACUCCAUCCAGCUGUGUGGUGUUGGUUGGAUCCGAGCAAAGUCUGCCCAUGCAAGUAAGCUUUCAUGCUGUAAAAACCAGCAUUGUACCUGACCUUUCUUUGGGACUGUGAGCUCUUUUAUAGAGAAACAGCCAAGGUCACACUCCUACAGUGCAGUGAAGUCUGGAUCCUCAUAAUGUGUGACCCACUUUCCUCUUCUCUUACUCUCUACACCAGCUAAGAACCUCCUCCCUUAUGAAUUACACAUGACAAGUGAACUGACACUAUUGCAUACAUUUAACCACAACAAACUGUUUGCUGAGCUGCUUCCCCAGCGAUCAGUUUACAUAAAGUAUGGUAGUUCUUCUAUUCGCCACCAUAUGAAAUUAAGAGGAUAUGAUUCCAAAGUGAAUUCCUACAGUCCAGCUUUUGGUUCACUAAGAAUAUUCAAUAUGCGUGAUAUCCCCCUGUCAGCAUACAUAAUGUAUUCACUCCCAUAAAGAGAAAAUAAAUACAUACACAGUAGCAUGCACCAGUAUAUAAAUUCUAUAGUUGUGUGUAGCAGCUGCAGCUCAUUUGUUUGUUUGCCUCAGGUUCAGCCAUUAGCCUCUUUUUCAGGCUCAGUAGAUUAUUACGAGCUUAUAUGAACUCUUGGUUAUCUUGUUAGUCAUGUGGAAGGCAUACAUGGUAUGUUAGCUGUAUAAUGAAUAAACCGUCAGUUUUAAAAUGAGGGGAACAAUAUUACACUAUGAUUACAGUUAAAUAAAGCAAUGUUUUUGCAGCAGUUUUUGUAUCUUCAUACAUUUUGUGCCAAAUUCAGAUGCUAGUUAGAGUUCUGUAAUGAAAACAGAGCAACAAUUACUGCGUACUCUUCCUUUAAAAUCAAUCCCCUUUGUUUUUAUAGACUGGAAACCUGUGGUAUCUGUAAAUCACAACACUCUAGCAUUACUCUGAAAGUAAGAAAUGCAAGACAUGUUCAGUAUACUGCAUGUUAAUGUAAUUACGUUUUUUCCAGAAAGCACAACGUCUGCAACAUCUGAUCCACUGCCUCUAGAGUUGUCAGAUCACGCAACCAUUAUCCAUAUCACUAAAAUGUGCUGAUAAGUAAUAAGUCAAGACCACAUUUCAAACUCAUGCAUCUGUAGCAUAAAUUGCAUGUUCCUGAGUUUCUCAAAACGGCUCCACAGUUUUAAUGUAAACUAGAAAGCUGGAUGUUAACUUGUGUUUUAAACUGGGGCAGCAGUGUUUAGAAACAUCUGUCAGGGUUAAAUUAAGUUUAUGGAGGAGUCAAACAGAGGUUAGAGCUAAGGCGACUUACAAAAAAAAAAUGCUGCUCUGUGCAAAAUGAAGUCAGACACUGUUAGUGUGUUGUGUUGCACCUCUCCUGCUUCUCAUCAAAAAUGUAUUCCUUUUAUGCGUAGCAAAUUUUUAAAAAGGGUAAACACUUAGAUCCACCUUAGUGUAACAGACUCAAGUCACGCUAUGAAGAGGAAAGUGGUUUUUUUUCAGUUUAGUGCCUUCACAGCAACACUGUGCAGCAUGGUGUGGAGGUAGAGGGUUAAGUCAUUUAAAAGCAAUCUGACAUAUAUUGUAAUUGCACACACUUUGUUGUUUAAAUUACUUAAGUCGUAUUUAACAAUUAUUACAACUUCGCAACCUUGACACUUGAACAAAGACAAGAGCUGAACACUCUCAAUUGGCUGUUAUAGCUGUGUUCAAUUUCUUAGACGUCAAAAGAAGUAGAAUGAAUACCAGUGGCGAUUGCUCUAAGACUGCAAGGGAAGCUCGGCUUCCCUUAAAAUGUCACCCCCCCCAAAAAAAAGAAAAAGUGGUGAAAUACGUACGGCUGUGUGUACAUUUCAUUAACUAAAUACGCACUAGAAAGCCUUCAUCUUUUGUUCAGACACUGUGAUAAGAAGCUGAUAAUCACAGGUAACCGGCAUAACUUCGUUCUCAUUCAUCCUCGCAGCGCCUCAGCGCUUCAAACAGUCGGACGCUGGGCUUCUGCUGACUUCAAUGUGGAAGCUAAAAGUGGGUUGUUCCAGCAGCGAAACUAGACGCUCAUUGGAUAAAUGCUGGGCUUUGUCCCGCCCAAUGGAAGCUAAGCUUCACUGGAGUUCUAUGGCGAGAGGGCGGUCCCGACUUUCUCCCGGACUCCAAGCUUCUGCAUUCAUGAUUGGAUGAGCUGUCUGAGGCGAAAUCCUUUUUUGAUUGACAGCUAAACAAGCGAAUCAGCGAUCUUGAAGAAUAAAACAUCUACCAGAGUAUUUUCCAAGUCAUUCAUUCCGUUGUUCUUAACUGCUCCGGAGACUUUACCGAUCCUCAGCGACUUCUGUCUUUGUUAAAAACGACUGCCGUUGUGUUUGGCGACUCUGUUCUGUUACAUACUAAUAAAAAAAUACAAUUAUGAUGUAGGCCAGAAAAAUGAGCUUCCCCUCAUUGAAAGACCAGCAGCCGCCACUGAUGAAUACACAUCCUGAGUAUAUCGUCAUAAUUCAAGAGCUGUAUUGCACUUUUGCGACAGUCCCUAACUCCCCCUGUCUGCCAGGUUCACUAGACAUUCUUUCACCUCAUUUCACUCUCAGCUACACCCUCCUCUCUGGUGAUUUAAAGUUUAUAAAAACUGUGAAACAUUUACUGAAUGUUCUUUCUGACAUAUCCCCAAACUAGGAUAAGUCAAGACUGUGAUACAGAGCUAUUUAAGUUGACAGCAGCACAAACGGCAAACUUCAAAAAGCCUGUUAAGAUGACAUAGCCCCAGCAGCUGAUUGUGGCUCUAUCAGGGGGGAAAAACAAUCCUCAGUGACAGUGAAAAAGAUGCAGGGAGACAGUGACAAUUUGUACCCAUGGCGCACUUAUUGUUAAGUGACAAAACUAACCCUGUCCUCAGCUAACUUAGCCUCUUACUGACAAACAGAUACAUAGUGGAGGAAAUUAUCAUAGAUUUGAUACCCAAUAGACCCCUAUUAACAUCUUCUCCUGUUUACAAAAACAAAACACAUGAUCAUCAGGGUAUUUAUUGCUAGUGAUCAGGGAUGCAUUAACACAGUAGUUGAACAUCGAUAUCUGCAAAUAUUGGCCCUGUUAUUAGACAUUGACACCUCAGCAAAUAAUGGGCAAUGCACCAAUGUCAAUGGCCAAUGUUGAUCAUAAAGCAUCUAUCUUUAUCCUCAUCGCAACAAGAUUAAUCUGAAAAGCCCAAGUGCCGAUUCAGAGAAGAUUUUUAUCAGGCAGAAAGAGAAGGCAGAAGAGUACUACAGAGUCUCUUAGAAAUAUCAGUGGCAUGCAGUUUGUAGGACAUGUUCCAGAGACUUUUCAAAAGGAAUUUUAAAGGAGGGAUUAUCAAUUAUUUAAUUACAUCAAACGCUUAUAGCUAACUCAAAGACCAGACAAAGAAAAAUGUCAAAUCUGCUAUAGGCUCAAUAGUCUAAACCUUGUUCGGCUUGUCUGUUAUCUUUAUCCAAAGACAAAUAUCAGCCCAAAAUUUGUCUGUCCUUUUGUAAAACCUGCUGGAGUUGUCUGUGUCUUGCUUCUCAUCAAAUUUUUGCAGGCUGCAUAUCUCUUACAUCUUGUCUGAAUACAUGUGGCAACUCUUUGAAUAAUGGAUAUCGGUGUUUUUCCUGCCUCAGCGACAGUGCAGAAGCCUGUUCCUCUAAAAACGUCUCUGAGUGGCAGGCCGAACCUCCUGGGAAAGUAGAGUGGAGGAGCACAGUGAAUGGAGUUCUUUCUGUAAUAGUUUUGUACGACUGUCCUUCCCUAAGGUGAACCCUGGCUAGCAUAUAGACAGUGAUAGUACUGGAAAAAGUACUACAUGAGUACCAUUUGAGCGGGUGUUGUGUCUUUAACUGCAGGAAUUAGGGCAAGAAAGAAUUGUUGCCCUCUGAGAGGCUUAGCAGAUCACUAUAUUGACUCAUAUCUGUUCACAACACAAGUGCAGUUUUGCCUCGAAGGUUUUGGUCAGUUUUCUCAGUGUUUUUUCUUGAGCACCAUCAAAGUUGGCGGUGGUUCUGUUCCUCUUUGUAGACGUGGCGGUCCUCAAAGGUACUGGAGGAUUUCAGAGUGCUCCUUUUUUUGCUUACAUUCUAAUGUCUCACUGUUUACUGCAGCGUCUUUGUUGGGAGGAGGAUUAAUGAAAGGGUUGUUCCUGUUGGCAUGCCUAGUCUUUAAUCUAACAGUGGGUUGCUAUACACUGUGUUGGGGGUGACCAACUGUCAUUGUAGUAUAAAGAUUAAAGACUGGUGGUUGAAAAGGUCACCAAAACAAUAAAAUUGAAACAUGGAUUUUGUUUGACUCUUUGAGUUGGUAUUUUACAUUGUUACGAAUAAGAUUGUAAUCCUAAUUAUCAGGUAUUUUGGUUGUAUAAACAUUCAAAUCUGGCCAUGACAUGACAUUAAAUUAUCCAAGUUUGCUAACCCUCAGCCUUGAAUGUUCUGCCCAGUUCAUAUAAGGUCUCCUGGUCCUAAACUUGAGAGAGUAGGGACCUUAAAGUCUAGGUGUUUUCAUUGUAGAUCUUUGACCAAGUCACAUAAUUACUGAAGCAAGCCAUUCUUUCUUCUUAUAAGAGACGCUAACCUGGAAUUUGUCAACCUGUGUGUCUAAAUAAAAGACUUUGAAAAGUCCUUUGAAUCAGUCCAUCUCCUAAUCCAAAACAAAGAGGUUAAUAAGAAAGAAAUAAAGGCAAAAAACCCCAGAUUGUUUUUGUAACCAAAUACAGUUAUAUAAAGGUAACAUCGUAAUGGUAACAAAAGCUAAAAGCUGGAUACAGAAACAUAGUCUUAAUUAGUCUUUGUGCUCGAGUCGCCUCAGGUCUGUUUUGAGGUUGUUUCUAGCUAUUAAUGUAGUGCCACUUUGUGUUAACUCACUACACCACCAGGGGUUAUAGGGAUUUUGGAGUUGAGUGUUACUAAAGGUAGAAAAUGAACAGUAGCCAGGCAGCAAGCUCAAAUACCAGACUGACUAUCCAUGUUAAUAUCCUCUGACCUGUGUGGUGACCAUUGGUCUGGUGAAUUUCUUAUUGAGAAUUAUUAUGGUAUUUUUGUCUCAUACGGCUUCUAUUUAUUCCUUUUCUAACCCUAAGAUUAGAUAAUUAAAUAUUUGAUGAAGUCUGUGUGAACCAUGUCAGUUUACGAUGCUCAUUUUGUCUUUUAAUAAACUGGGAUCUAUCUAAAUCUAGAUAAAAGUCUGAAAUAUGGAAAACCUGAACAUAGAGAAGAUACUUAAGGCUCCCUAUAAAAUCUUUUGUGGUUAUCAUGUGGUUUUCAUUUUGGAACUUCAGUGACGUGUGAGAAAAGGUCAAAUUAACUGGCUCCAUUCAAUUAACAACCACUUGAUUACAAAGUUCCCUCCAGCACUCUUACAUUGAUUGUACUCCGUCUGUUUAAUUGUACUUCAGAUUUACGGUCAUGUCUGUGGGAGUCUGUCCCUCAACCACGUGGUAUCUCCAGGACAGACACGAAAUCAUUACUUUUUCUCACACAGUCAUUUUGCGUAGGUUUUGCAUUCUUUGCUGUUUUCAGAUAAUUACUUAUUGAAGUACAGCGACUUGAACAUGAACUGCUAUUUAAAUUAUUCAUGGUGUAAUUGGGGCCAAGCCAUUAUCUUUAGUGUUAAGCAACAUUUACAUCACAUGUAUAUAGCUUUGUUCAGUUCAGAUCAUAAACAUUAUCUCCAGGGAGAAAAACAACAUCAUCAACAACUGUGUAGGACCAGACAAAGAGUAUUUUUAUAUUAUUGUUUAUGUUUGUUUGUAUUAUCAUUUGAACAUGACCAAAUGUGAGUUUUUCACAAGGUUUCAAGUAAAAUUGGUGCUCCCAAAUUCCAAAAGAUAAGAGUCUAAACAAAAAUUAAGGAGCAAAAUAUAUUAAUAGGUCACAAAUUACAGAAUUACAUUCAGCUGAAAUAGAUGCAAUUUCUAGCCCUGAUUAUAUCAAAAUAAAGACCAAAUUUAAUGCUUUCACAGACGUAGACUGUUUUUUUUUUUCUGUUCAAAGAUCUGCCCGAUUUUUGCCCUUAAUGGAGCAUAAAUCUGUGGUGUACAGCUCAUGUUAAACACAAACUGUUCCCUUUGCAAACCCCACACCCCAAAGCCUAUUUAUGCAUGACAUUGUUGACUCAUAUAUGACAAACCUCCAAACCUCCUAUGGCAAAGUUUUUAAUGAAAAAGUGAAGUCAAAUGACAUCUUAAAUUCGCUCUCUUGUUAACCUGAAUCACAUUACUGUAUAUCAUAUAGCUCUGGAAUGCAGUUGCAGAGUGCUGUAUAUACUUACAUUUGAGCUCUCACUUACAUCAUAAUUAAAUUAUGGGUCUAUUUUGGUCAGAAAAGCUCAACUCGCAGCACUGCCGAGAUUUUUCUCUCUGCUUUUGUUCAGAUAUUGUGUCCAUUAGGAAAGGUGUGUGUGAACACACUGUGUCCCUGAGAAUCGAGGAUGAAGUGACUACUCUGCGAUUCAAGUGACUGACCUUGAUGUGAUCUGAUAAUGUCAUACAGAACCAGAGGAAGGGGCAUUGCAGUCUUUCUUGCUUUGUGCUCUAAUGCAAAGGUUAUGGGGUAUUUCAGCAUCCUGGUGCAUCAUCAUGAAACAAUGUGGCAGGAUCAGAUGGAUUCAGUUUCACUUGCUAAGGAUAUCAGAUAGAUCUCUGCUGUAAAUGUGCAAGGCUAUCGAUAUCAUCCCCAGUACAGUGAAAAAUGGAGAGCUUUAUUUGUGAUGCUUAAAACGCCGAUACUCAAAACUGCACUAUUAGAAUGCGCCAGUUCAAAAGGAUAAUCCGCAGGCCUCACUGUGAACAGUUUUCACAUUGAAAACACCUGCCUCUGAGAUUAGUCAAAUCCGGUACGGUAACAAACCAAUAAUAUGAAGCACUUUAAAUCCAUCCCCACCUCUGCCUAACCUCUUAUUUAUGCUAAGGUACCGAGGGAUUUAUAAAAGCCCUGUCAGAAGUCACUGAGGAUUAUACAGCUAUGUGGGUCGGCAUUAUUUUUUGUAUUCUGUAUUAUAUUGAAUUAUUCCAAAAUGCACAAACUGCCUCAGUCUUCUCUCAGUGGCAGUAUUUUUGUUCGGGGUGAAGUCUGAGUCGUCAGCUCAAUGACACCUUGUCAGUGGAGUGCCUCAGAGCUGGUUUUGUACCUUACAGAGUUUGUUUUUGGAGACUGACAGGAUGCCUGUGAGCUAUUCCACUAAGACAUACCCUGACCUGACCUGGUGCCCACUCUGCUCCAGCCACCCUCCUACACAUGACAGCUGCGGUAGACGCUGAAGCCCAGAGUUCACCUUUGCACUAACAGGUUCAGAUGUUAGCAUGUCUGCUGACAUUUACUUGGCUUUCACUAGAAAGUAAAACAAUUCCAUAUGGCACAAUGAGGCCACCAGACCAACACACUGAGACCUCUGGCCCUAAGUCUGGUGGGCACUACACCGGGUGAUUCACUGGUGAGAGUGGAAGUCCCUCCAGUCACACAACUAAUGGUUUUAAAAGUAAGCCUUUUGGAAAUGGAGAGAUCUGACUCAUUAAGGUCUCAAACCUUGGCAUGCUUCUUGACUGUUAUCCAAGUAGACAGUUUACAUCUUGUAGAGACAGCUCUAAAUGUCACAUAGUGAUUAUGUCACUGUUAUAGACUCUGCCAUGCUUUUAUUGACAUUUAAAUAUACAAUGCUCAUGAAAAGGUUGUGCACAGCAGAGGGUUCAAAGGUGAACAUAUUGGACUCUCCAUGUUAGUAAAAUGUCAGUUUGAUCAGGGAGCAUUUAUUUAUUCAGCUUUGUAGAAUAUUUGAGAGAAAAUCUCAAGAUGAAGAGAAGAUAUGAAAUCAUCAAAUCGAAUGUGCUGCUAAAGCUGAGCGAGUAAAUCAAAACAGUUUUCGCAUUUGUUUUAAUCUCUUCAGUUCAGCAGAUGGAUGGGGUUAUCCAAAGGGCAGGGGAGGAGGUGCGCCUUUUAGGAAAGCGUUAACUGUAGGGAGCUCCCAAUCCCAAUUCCAAUCCCAAUCUUGACGUUGGAUGUGAGCCAAUCUGGGCAUUUUUUAACAGAUUGGCCAUUGGUAAUUUGAGCCUAUUAUAUCACCCCAAUUACCCAAAUUAGCUGCUGUAAACUGAACAACUUUGCAUCAGGAGUGCCAUGGCUAAAUGUCAGCAGUUUGCUAAUUGCACUACACUGUAGAGCCAUAGAGGAAAAAGCUGUUACGCUAACGCAGCAAACUCUGGACAUCAAAAGAAAGGGUAAAUGUCUUCAAGCAAGUGAAAAGGCCAAAAAGAUAACAGAGAAUAUACUUGAAUUCAUGCCUUGGACAAAAGCAGCUCAAAAACAGCAUGUCCUCACGUCUCAACUCAACAUUUCAGACACUGCCUGAACUGAACUGAACCCUCUCCUGUGACCAGAGAGUUUAUGAUGACGUAGGAGGUGAUUCAAAACAUCAUGUCCCUAGUGUCAGUUUUACGUCAGACAUUUGGAGCUUUGACGCUCAUCACAUGUCACUGCACACAGGAUUGAUUUCUCCACUAAAGAGACUAUGCAUACAUUAUGGCAUGCACACCAGUUCUGUGGGUCUCAUAUGCAUGUUAAACAGGCCAUUAAGGAGACACCUAACCUGUGGGAAAUGAACAAAUGACAAAUACAUGUCGUUUUGCCAACACGAGGAACAUGAAAAAGGCAAAGGAUGAUAUGGAGUAUGUGGGCUGCAGUAUAAACAAAUGUCUGUAGUUCUGUUGUCUGAGCAGACAGAAGUAUCAGUUCAGGACAUAUUGUCAGCAGAUAAUUUUAAAAUAUUUAAAUCAGGAUCAGGGGCCAGAAAAGCGAACAUCCCUAACUGACAGAGUUGUAGUUUACACACAUGCAAAUCAAACCAACCGACAAGGGCAGACUCAAAAUGAAACAAUGAACAAACUGUUGCUUUGUUCACUUUUGUACACUUAAGCCUGAAGGCCAACAACAGUUAUUUUUCUAUAUUUUCCACUUUUGCUACCAUUAUGUUUAAAUUAUCAAAUUUAACUGUAACACUAAACUGCUGUUCUGUAAAGUUAUAAGGGAUAACUUUGGCUAUGAUUUGGCCUUAACUUACAAAAAUGUAUUGAUUGAUUACUUUAUUUUGACUUUUCAUCUGGUUCCCCGAUUUUAUUUGUCCUAAUGUCUGUCCUUCUUCCAUUGCAAACCGAGAAAACAUUCACUCUGAAGAUCUAAACGCAGUCUCUCAACCCAAAAUGUGAUUGAGGUUUGAUUGAUCUCUUUUGAUCGAAUAGCUGUCUCGCUGUUUUUACUGUUUGGUCUUUUGUGGGUCUUCAAAUGUGUUGCAUGACAUGAAUUUGUGGGAUUCUUGGAAGAUGCCUUGUUUGCACACCACAAGCCAAGCUCUGCCUGCAGGCAGGAUGAAUCUAUUUGUGGCUCACAUCCUCUGUGCCUUCAUGUUUCAUGCUCGACUGUUUAAGUGUCUAAACAUAUUAAUAGUAAUACUCAUUUUCCUGACUGUGGAUCUCUAUCACGCAGUUACAAAGUCUAAACUUUGACAGCUUGAACUUUCAAAUGUUUGUCUUCAAAGUCUCUCUCCAUGAAAGAGUGAAGUAAACAAGUGAGAGGUCAGAGGCACUGACAUUUCCCUUUUUAAAGUUGCCAGCUGAGGCAUCCUAGCAGAAAAAUUGAUCCAAAGUGCUGCACAUUCUACAUGGCUGACAUGACUCAGACAGACCCAGACAGAUUUUAUGGACGAGAAGGAAGAGGUUUUUGUGUGUUUGUGUUUACUGGUGGAGGUCAGAGGUUCAUACAAUCUUUAUUAGAGAUGCUGGUGUUUCCUACUGGGCAUCUACUGACCAUUUUGGAGGACAUGGUUGUGUAUAACGCUCAUGUCCUUUAUACAUUAUCCAUAUUAGGGACUAAUAUGUGCCUCAGAAGGCAUGGAGCUUCAUCAAUUAACUACUGGGUAUAAAAUGUGCGGUGUAUACAGAUUGCCUUACUUGGCUUUAAUGUCAUGGUCAAGGUUAUAUCCAUGUCUGAUGUGCUGCAGCCAUUACUCUCACAGUUUCAUCUGAUGCCUAUUAGAAAGUAUCCAUAAUUGCUUCCAUGGUGGCCUAUAAAUUCGGUGGUGGAAACGUGACUGUGUUCAUCUAUUAGCUCAUUAGCUCUUCAAAAUGACACAUUUAUGGCUUUCCCCAUAGAAGUUUGACAUGCCGGAUUGCAUGCCACAGGGUUUUUAUGACGCUGUACAACUUGUUUUGUUCUUUAAUCCACUUCCUUUGUUCUUCGAGGAACAAAGAGAAACCGCCUCAGCACUUAAAAUUAAAUUCAUGUAUGUUUCAUAGUGAAGAAGAUGCAGCUUACCGUCUGUAGCAGCAUCACACAGUGUGUCAGUGAGAAUCUUGAUUAUAAUAUUUAUUAAAGUUCCACUCUUAAGAUGUGAUGAAGAAUACAGACGAGUAUUAUUAUUAAAUAUAACAGAAAAACAACGGUUUGUCAGUUUGGUGCUGCUUUUCUCUUGUUCCCUGGUUUUGUUAGACUCUGAGGGGCAAUAGGUGGAUUUGUGUUGAUGACCAUUUGGUACCUCCUGGGAGAGGCAUUAAUUGCUCGAAUUAAAAGUAUGAAAUAUGCAUAGAUGUUUUCCUAUUUGUAUUGCAUGGUGGAUAUUUGUUUGAGCAGAGUGUAACUGAAAUUGUUCUGAGAGCUUUUUAUAAGUGCUCUGCCUUAUAACAGAAGUAACAGGAGUAAUAGCCAAAUCUAGGUGGAUUAAUACCAUAAUACGUCAUCACUCUCCAUAUAAUCGUUUCGUAGAAUGUAGUUUGUGGUUCAGAAAUAUGGCUUUAAACUGACCUUUGCUACCAUUCACCGUAACAGAGCACAUUUUUUUAGGCUUUAUGCAUGUGCACUGUGUUUGUAUUGUGAUGCCAAGUUUUGGAUUUCUUUCCUUUUCAUCCACUCUGCAUCAAUUGUUCAUGCAUCAUCCCAGUUGUACUCCAAAUAUUUUCCAUUUGCGACCGGAUCCUCAUUGUGUCCUCUUUUGUGAGAUUUUUCCCACAGGACACUGUCUGGACGAUUUCCACUAAUGAAACUGUUCCAGUGGCUGUCCUCUGUUUUCCUACCGCUCUGUGAAUGGGAUUGGGUUUGACUCUCUGCGCUGAUCAAUAUACAUUUACAUCCAAAGGGGACUUUUAGGUACAAUGUGAGUACAGCUCCCCUGUCCUCUGAAACCUUUUAUUCCAGACGCUUGUGUUGCUCCCUUGUGUCGUGAGGAGUGUAAGCUGCUGAGCGCUGUGAGACACAACACAACGCGAUCCAUGCCCAUUGAUGGAUUAGCUUACAUCAAAGGGUCCUGGAAUCUGCAGCUUGGCCUUUAUUCUAAAUCGCCCAGCACUGAGAACAGGGACUCCGAAUCAGAGCUCCCCUUGAGAUGGUCACUGACAGUUCAACUGAUAUAAUCAGUUACACACUUUAUAAGCAUGAUCUUAACAACUCAGUGGCCACAAAUGGCACUCACUAUAAUCAGCUCAUUUAUGGCGACGGUCUGUUGACAGCAUUUACUCUAAAACAAUUUAUUUUUAGCCUUGAUGACAAUUUAGUUUCUCAGUAUUAUACAUGUCUGUAAAGGUGUAAAGAAGUGAGAUUUACUCAGCUUCUUAACAAGUUGCUUGUUGAAUGGGGGUGUCCUAAUUAGUGCCCGACUGAUUUAUCGGCAAACUGAUUAAAUCAGCCCAUUUUAGACUAAUCGGUAAUCAUCCAAAACUCACCGAUUUUUGCUGAUAUUUUCAAAAAUAAAAUGCGGAGAAUAAGAUUUGGUUUCACUUCGAAAAUUUUCACCAUUUGAAAAGUUCCCUGACUUUUUCUAUAGAUGGUGCAGCGACCUCAUGACAAUCUUCAUCCACUAACUACCUCACAGCACAGCAGAAUGACGGAUCUGAAGCAGGCAGCUCAGGGACGCACGGAGGAGAGUGGUCCACCUCAACAGUAAAUAAACCAGUUUGUGAAAUACACAAAGAGUCAACAAGUUUCAGUUCAACCCACUUCACAAUGUUCCCUGCUGUGCUGGUCUCGGUCACGCCGAGUCAAUUGUGAAGCACCAUGUAAUAUGCAAGCUAAAGUUAGUUAGCCAUCUGCAUUUAGCCUUGCUACACUGUUAGCCGUGCCAGUAACGUAGAGUAAACAACAGUACACAUUAGUGAUCGAGCUACUUCUCUUACUGAGGCAGCUGCAUGUCUCCAGAUGAGACCGGACCGGAAAUGUGUAACGUGAGUUAAGACGUGGAGAACCGAUCGGUGGCGGGGGGAGUUAAAAACACUUUUCUGGUCCAAGUUUGAUCAGUCGGUCUUCCUGUUGGCAUGAAGAGCAGUAGCCUACAGUAUACUGUAGAUAUCUACAGUAUAUAUAUUUUUUUAAUAAUUUAAUAAAAACUUUAAAAAAUCAGCCGAUUAAUUGGUAUUUAGACCCCCCCCCCCCCAAUAAUCGGUAUCAACAUCAUACCCAAAAAAUCCAUAUUGGUCGGGCCCUAGUCCUAAAACAAUAUUAAUAUCUGAUAUUGUUUCGAUAUCAGCAAAAAAUCGAAUAUCAGAUCAUAUCGGACCAAUAUCGGCCUGCAUCUAAAAUCUCCGAUAUCAGCACUCCGGUAUAAGCAGUCUAUUACAGACUCUGCUCCAGCACCUCUAUCUAGCAGCAUGUAGAGGCAACUUAAUCACAACAUUGCAGCUGAGUGCAAAAUUUAUCAUGCGCAAGUUUAUGCUAAUAUCGGAUCAAUAUCGGUAUCGGACAAUAUUGAAGGCUACAAUAUUGGUAUCAGAGAUAAAAAAAGUUGUAUCAGGACACCCCUAUUGUUAACAUCAACAAUGUUUUUGUAAUUGAAGCAUUUCCCUCUUUCUUAUCUAUCCUCUCUUGUAGCAGCCGAGGUUAUCCUUAUUUGUCAUUCAAACAUCUCAAAAAAAGGAGUUCUUGCCAAAAACAUUCAUUGCUGAUUUUUAUGACGAUGCAAACUCAAACGACCUGCCUAGAUUUACAACAAUGUGUUUGAUUUGAAUCUGAGAAAAUUAUCUUUGCUUGUUUUCCUGUGGUGAAGACAGCUACUCAUCCAUAUUCAUAAAACCUCAAGUGGGAAAGUUGCGCCAGUCCUAGUUAGACCUACCGAGUUAUUUUGGGCUUGUUUUUCUCAUUUUUGUGAGAAAUAACAAAAACAAAUGAUUAGCCAGCCUCUGCACCAAUCAGUUGAUUGCCUAAAAUUAAAAAGAAAGACAGCUGGAUAGAAGACAAAUAAAAAGAACCUUUUUUUAUUGAAAACAAGGCUGCAGAUUUACUAUAUUGUUCCCAAAUCAGGGAUAUAUCAGUGAUUAUUUUUUCUUUAGUAGGGUGUUAAAAAACAAACCACAAACACACAUGAGAGAAAAACAUGAAGCUGUUUGAGCUGAAGCUAUCAGUCAAAGCGAACCCUUGUUAGAUACUUGUGCACAACCGUAACAGUGGUGUCCCUGUCAGACUAAUAAGCUCUGCCAACUUCUGUUUUAUACCAACGGUCUACCUGUUUGUACAAAGGGAACAUUUGGAAGAGGAUGUGAGUGUUGUGAUGAUAACCAUGAUAGGGAAGCAACAAAAAAGUGCUCAUUGUGCAUUUUGGUGAGAAAUGACGGGAAGUUGGUUGACGGUUAUUGUAUCUGCCCAGCCAACAGGAUGGACAAGGCAAAUAAAAACGUCCCUUAUCAACCCUCCUGUGGUCAGAGUUGGUAGGUGACUUCUGUUUGGGUUUAUUUGGAUGUAUUUGACAUCAACACACGAUAAGAAAAACUGUGGUUUUAAUUUAAAAUUAUUUAGACUCACACAGAAUAUAACAAAUGUAGUGAAACUUAUCCUUGCGAUACGUUAUUACAUUUUAUCUUUAUUUGACAGAGUAGAUGUACAAAACUGGAAAAUAUGCCAAUUGUAAAGAUUAUUAGGGGGCAGAGGGGUGCCGUAAUUACAGAGGACCAAGAGAAUGGCAGGAAAUGUGGAGAGAGAGUGGGGGAUGACAUGCACUUAAUCACAUCAGGGCCAAGAAUUGAUCCCACGACCAGAAUGAUGUGGAUUGUAGCCUGCUUUACCAACGGAGCUUAAGCGGUUCCCCACAGAAUGCUGUUUUGAACGUUCGCCUGGCCCAGCUCUUCAUUUACAGCUGAUUCUAAUGUGAGAAGGAUCAUGCAUCCAAUGCAUGACCGAGUAAACAACUGACUAAACCUCCAGGCUCAUUUAGAUCUUUCCACAUAUAAUCACACUUCUAAAGGCAGCCGAGACAAACCGAGGGCCACAGCUGAGUUUGCAUUCCAACAGUGCUGCCUGCAAGCUGAUUGUAAGAUUACAUGCAAAGUAAUUCUUUCUGAUAAAUCUCUCUUCGGCUUUUGGAAAUACUUCAACUGCAGCUAUUACAUGUGUGUAAAAUGUUUUUUGUUGUUCAUGGGUUUGUCAUAAGCCACUGUCUGGUAUCAUCAGUAUUUUCAAUGUCUUUUAUUUUCCUUUGCCUGUGUGUAAAAGACUGAUCUUUAAGAAGCUGACUUGUUUUGGACAUAUUUCCAUUGAGAACCCUAUGUGAGAGGACUCUUAAACCUGUUUUUCAAUGGUUAUGAUAAAAUAUCCUAAGUGGAAAUAGUUCAGGCUUUCAUAUUUCAGUCAAAAUCUUGAUCUUGAUUUCAGACUCCUGACUUGUUUUCUUUUCCCCAGUUUCAUUCCUCUUCUUAUUCGCCGGUCCUUACAGUAAAAGCCACCACUCUCUAUCUUGGACUUUAAAAAGUUCCCUCACCACCUACUUGUUACUUCCCCCCUCACCUUAUCAUAGCCGUCAUUUCACCCAUGUGGGUAUUCACCAAAUCACUGUGUGCCAUUAUAUUUCUAAAUGCACUAUCAUAAGAAAAAGAUUCAUGACAAAAUACGACAGCAUAAUUCCCAUUUUCAUACAUCAUCAAGAAAAUGUGGGCAUCCAACUGUGGUCCAAAGUGGAAGGAAGAAUAAGUGACAAGAAAUAAGGAAUGACUUUAGAUGGAGAGAGAUAAAAAUAAGAAUUAAAAGAAGAGAAAAACAGGAGUUCUGACUGAAGAAGGAGAUUGUUGUGUGGUGAGGUGUGAACAUUAAAAAGGGGCAGCCUGCCAUCACAACAGGCGAGACUGAGAGGUCAAGAUUUCAAUUUAGAAAACCAUCCAUGGGCCACUGAAGCUUGAAAUCCCUCUGAGAAGGCCAGAUGAGUAUUCAUUCACAGCUUGUCUUCUCCACAAUGAACUGACCUGAGAAGAAAAAGAUCAACGACAUUUCAUGUGACUAAAAAUAGAUAAUCUGAUGUAGUCUGGUCUUUAACAUAAGCGGCUAUGAUGACCAUGGCGGAGAAUCGUAUUAGUCGAUAAUCUUUCAGUUUAUUGUCUCCAUGAUAUAGUAAUGCGGGCUCCCAAAACGAAGCACUUUUAUUAGUUAGUAUAUCAGUGACAUGGGAGGACUCAUUUAUAUCAUCAAUUAAAUUAAAUUGCACCUAAAGCCAAAGUACAUAUGAUAUCAAUUGUAUAGCUGUAUACUGUAGGGAGGGGGUUUAUAACGCAUGAAUUUAAUCGCUGAAUUUUUUAUUCCUGAGUGCUUCUGCUUGACUUAAUACGGUUUAUGCAUUUUGCAUUAUUAAAGUUUGGAUGAUAUUUUUACUACAUGGCCAUUCAGUUCGUCUAAAUGUGGCCCGUGAAAAAAACCUUGUUCAGCUUUUCCCCAUCGGGGCUCACGUUCAAGGAAAUCUGGAUGGUGAGAAAGCAGCUUUAUGGUGUCUGAUUGAGACUGUACUAUUGAAAUUCAACAUAGUGAUCCCACAACUAACAUGAAUGGUUUAAAAGUUAAUGUUUGGAUGAUAUUCAGGACAAAGAGCAUAAAUAUUUUAGAGCUGACAGCGCACUCACAUCUGUUGAUGCAGAACCAUGGCAGUAUUUACUAAUUCAAGUUUUGAUUCAUAUGAGACAUUAACAAGGCUGACACAUACGGCAUUGAUUGAAAAAUGUGUCUGAGGGGGUUAACUGAUUUGACAGAUGUCAGCCUCCACAGAGGACCCAAAUAUUGACCAAGAAACCCAUGCUAACGAUUGAUUUUGCAUAUUUAAUCACUGUGUCGGCUCUAUUGGCAUUUUGAGUCUUGAGAAAAAAAGAGAUAUUUUUUCCUAGUUUAUGGUUGUUAAAUAAAUAAAACUUCUGGAGGUUUAAAAGUUACUGAGCAAAAAGCAGAUCAAGAAUCCCAACCGUCAGUGGAAAUGGAAAAUACUGAAAGUGAGACCUCUCUGGGAUGUCGGGCAGGAUUUCAGCUUCAUUAUGGAUCCUCAUGCAAUUCUUAUGAUGUCAGAGCUUGCUUGGCUUGCUGCGGUUAGCAUCCAUUAAUGGGUGCAGUGGCUGUAAGGUGGAUGCCCUUGCCAUGGCAGAGGAGACGCACAUCUGCAGUAUAUCUGAGGGCUCAGAGCAGGAAACAAAUCGAGUUGGACAGGAGACGUUGUCGUCAGGUCUGUUGGGGUGUGUGCGCUUGUCAAAGGAGGCAUGUGUGAUCACUAAGCGCAAUCUGAAUGCUUGAAGUACAUCAGCCAAGUGUUACUCUCCAGAUCUGUGAGAAGUAGAUCUCCCAGAGGAUAGCUGGCAAAGACACAAGCUCUGACUAGAUAACAAGGAGAGGUGUUCUUGUCAGACAUAUCAGAUAGAUCUCACUUAGCCCUAUUGUUCAAUGUGUAGUUUAGUUUGUUUACAUACAUGGUUAAGUAAAACUGCAGUUAAAGUUUGAUGAGGCAAUUUCACUGGAUCGUACAAGCACAGGUGAGAACUGAUUUAUUGACGAAGGUACCGUCUGUCCAUCACUGGUACACGCGAUCGACUAGUGUCUUUUGAUACGCGCUCCAGAUGAGUAGCAAAAACAAAAUCAGCCUACGAUGCUCCAUGACAGGCAAAGACAGCAGAGCGCAGUUUGUAUUCCCGCAUAAACUUAUGACCAAUAACUGAACAAUAUUCGCGGUCACGUGACCUCCGGUUCCGUUUUGUUGAGUGACUGAGUUUGUCCUUUGUGAACGCCAACCGGACCAGUUAAACAAUCAAAACAAAUAUAUCGUCUUGCUUUGGAUUCGAUUCCAGAAACGGACCUUUAGGUGUGAACACGACCUCAGUCAGCUUUUAGGAUUUAUCCUUAAAUUUGAAAAAAAAAAUUUGAUGUAAAAAUUGUAAAACAAAAAUUGCAAUACUUAUGUGAAUCAUUUUUUUUCUCCCACCCUUAUUUCUCAUGAUGUUAAAAUUGCAUGAAUUAUCAUGUGACAGAGAUGCCUAUCUUAAUAAAAACUUGCUGUAGGGGUUUUAUCUGGGUUUCUGCUACACAUUGUUUAUCCACUGUAUAUCCGUACACUCUGCCACUUAAAUGCCUCCUCUAUGUUUUUCCCAUCAAAACUUUCAGAAGAAAAACAUCCAGAGGCUAUUUUCCUUCCUGAUUGCACCAAUACACUUGUAUUUCACACCAUGUGCAAUGACCUCAUUCUGGGGCCCCAUGAUCUUACGUUGCAUGAUUGACAGCUGCCCUUGACUCUUUCAUUGCAUCUCACAAGAAGAUCAGUGGUUGCUGUGGUCUUGUGAGGGCAGAGCUGCUGCGCUGGUGAUAUAGCCGGAGACGGUGUGAGCAGGCAGUCGUGUCUUAUGGGAUCACGGCACACUCACAGAAGGGUAAUUACCCCAGAAAGUGGGGUGAGGGGCAGAUGAAAUGAUUUCAGCACCUCUGAAUUAAACAUGGUCCGAGGGAUACGCACAAUCCACAGGCUGCUUCUCUCCAAGCCCAGAACCAUUCAUAGUCUUUCACAACAGGAAUACACACAGUCUGUUUUGGUGUGAAUUGUAUUGAAUUUAAAAGGGAGGUCCUUUUAUUUAUUUUCAGCGCCACUGAAUUAAACAUGCUCCAAGGAAUAGGAACAAUCUACAGGCUGCCCCACUGCAAAAACACACUGCCAUCCAGAGGGGAUUUAAUACACACAUACAAUUUCCAUGCGUGUAAUUUAACUGAAAUUUAAAGGAGAUGAUUCUCUAUUUGAUCUCUGCUCUGCUGAAUUAAACAUGCUCCAAAGAACAGGGACAAUUCAGAAGCUACACAGGGUGCUUUAGCAAUCAGAGGUUACGCAUAUUAAUAAAUGUAAAUCGUGUUGCAUUUAUGGUGAACGGCUCUAUGGAGAUAAUAGCGACCCUGGUCCAAAUCUGCUCUGUGUUUUUAGCUAACGUGUACAAUCCCCGAUGAGAUUUACGUUUAGCGUCACAGACAAAAGGUUUGUUUCUGUGCCUCCUGUGUGCCCUCUUAAUCCUCUUUCGAGUUUCACUCCUGCAUCCUUUUUUUAAUCCCAACUCUUGGCUGGUUUCCCUUAGUGUCAUGAAGCUCUCUUUAUAUUGCUGCACGCGAGAAAAAGAAGCAGUUUUUGUAAAUCUCUUUUUGAAAACAGUCUUUAUUUUUCAUAUCUUUAUCUUUCACUGAAUCCUGAUUCUCUAAUCCGGUUUCUGAGUCGCUGUUUACUCUCAGUAAACCUUCAAAACAUGUUUGUGUCUUUGUCUGCUGUGAAGCUGGUCUUUGUGUCUAUCAGCAGGGAGAUAUUUGCUCAUUGAAGAGUGGGAGCAGAGCUGUGUGUUGCUGACCUCACUAAAGCAGUCCAAACAUAGCAUAGGUUUUCUAUAUUCAGUGUGUGUUUCUGUGACUGACAGCAUGCACGUCACGGUGCAACCCCUCUCAUAAGACCCUCAUUUGGGACUUGUCAAAACCCACUUACCACUCAGACAUGAAUGGUUAAGAUCUUCCUCUGAUCCCCUUUUUCUCUUCAGGGGGCCCCGGGGCUGUCGAUCUGAACUGGGCCCUUGGGUGCCCCGGGACAGCAGUAAUUCUCUCUUUCACACACACUCAUUCCUUUGGUCUAUUUCCUAUCACAUGAAACAGAUUUUGAUUGCAAUACUUAGUGUGGCAUGAUUUUUUCAGGCAUUCUCGCACCACCAUGUCUCAUCAUGAAAACAUCUCAAAUUCAGUGGAAUACAUCAAAAAUACAUCACAGUCGGGCUAAAAAAGAGAGCCACUUUUUCUGUAUCAUGAAAUAUACAGUCUGCUUUCAAAAUGUCACUCAGCAUUUUCUCAGUACUUAGACAUUCAGUCAACAAUAAAUACUUCAACAUCAAAGAUCAUGAACUCAUAUUUUAAAGUUAAAAUUUACUUAGACUUUGUGGAGAAACUCAGCAUUGGAAUAGCAUUUGAAGAUAAGAAGGCGCAAGAUACAGGUAAGUACAAAAAUUAUAUAUAUUUUUUCCAUUAGUUCAAACUAUAGACUGUUAAAAAGCAUGGACAGUACAACAGCUACCCAAAAUGAAGCCAAAACUGUUAGAGCUCCUUUUGGUAUGUGUGCUGUUGGUCACAUUGUAGAAAUGUGACUUGCAAACCAAAUGUGUUUUUGGCUACGUUCACACUGCAGGUUAUGAUGCACAAUUCAGAUUUUUUGUUAAAUCCGAUCUUUUUGUGCAGACGUUCACAUUACAACGACUGCAGCAUCUAAUUUGAAUGGAAUGCGUCCGUGAAGUGAUCCGCCACCUGUUUGUGUUGUCGAAUAAUGGUGACGUUUGUUGCAUAUUGAUGACAUAUAGGUCCUCCACACUGCAGUCACAUCGGAUACAUAUCCGAUUUAUAUCCACAUACAAAAGAGGCCUGGGUCCGAUUUGAAAAAAUCAGAAUUGCACUGUUCACACUUACAUGAAAAAAUCCGAUCACAUAUGGUAAAACAAUCGGAAUUGACCUGCAGUGUGAACAUAGCCUUUCAUGCAUCAUAUACUUUCCAUAGCAACAUACUAGAUAUAAGCAAUGGUAGUGUACAGUUAUGGAAGGAAGAGGCGUGAAAAUUGUUCGACAUGCCAAACAGGUUUCUCACAUGCAAAUGGGUCACUAUUAGUCCAACAACAGAAGACACUUGCUUUGGAUAGCAUAUAGCAAGUACCGUUAGCCAUCUGUCAGUUUAACAAGAUACUAGGGCAGGUCGAUAUGGCCUCAAAUCAAUAUCACGAUAUAUUGAGCAGUUCCAUUAAAUGGACGAUAACUACUCCACAAGCUGCUCACCCCCUCCCACAUGAACUUUGUCUACUUCACUACAACUUUUGAACCGUCCUCCAUCUCCUCACCUGUCUUUCCCUCUUUGUUAUGGACUGGAGGGGGUGGAGUCACGUCUCUGACGUAGGACAGCGUCUUAAAGAGACACGAGACCAUAGCCUACCUACACACAUCCAAAACCAACUUGUAUUUAUUUAUUUUUUUGACACAGAAUAUAUUGACAUGGGCAAAAUGACGUUGGUUAUUGAUGUAAAUUUCGGUAUCUGUAAAUUUUCGGUUUAGCGCCCAGCCCUACCAGAUACAGCCUGAAUUACACUCACAUCUCUUGUCCUCUGUGCUUGUUAACAUCUGGGUAGUGAGGCAUUAUGGCAGUAGUCAUCACUUAGAGCUACAGCCUCAGCUAGUGGCGGAUGGCUCUGCUACAGUUCAGAUGUAUAUCACAUGACCAACAUUUUGUGUCAAAAUGACGAUGAAUGAUUGACAGCUCUGUUGAUGAAUGCGGCUCCUGCAGCAAUCUUCAAGUCAAGGAGAGCGAUGAGAGAAAACAAACAAUAACACAAGAGUCGCCGAGCUUUAAGCACCCACUUUAAAUCAACACAUGAAUCUGUUCUGACACACACACACACAUUUGACUGUUUUAUAAGAUGUCGAUGCUCAAAAACACUGAAUAUUUUAAUGGAUACUAGUACAGAGAUUUUGAAGGCAGAUCUUUCAGUCCUGACAAACAGUACACUGCAUGUAUUGAUUGUGAAAACCAUUUGCACUGUUUAAUCCUGUGUAGUCGAUACACUGUGAUUUUUAAAAUAGUUUAAUUCAAGGUAGAAUUCAGAUAUACCAAGCACAGUUUUCUAUGUUUUAAUCUCGAAUGUACUGUGUAAAAAGUGUUCAAGUGUUCUGAGAAAAUAAGUUGAGUCUGAUUGGAGAUUCUGUGGUUAAAAAGCAGCGUAUGAAAAACUUCUUGUCCAAAUCUCAGUGAUCAAAACGUAAAGAACUAUGUACAGAAAUGAUUUCACUGGUUUACCAAAAUGACCUUACAUAACCCAUCAAGAGCUUGACUGAGCGAAGUGAAUCUUGCAAUCACUCCACAAGGAUUGGCAUCACGACAGGUUAGUCUCAGAACCAGAGUUCAGGGUUUUUGCGAUUGAUAGCGAGCACAAUCCCCUGAUCAUAUGUGCCAGUCUAUCCGGCUUCUUUCACUCCACUGAGCUCAGAGUGAUCUCCCCAGGGAUCAAAGAUCAGCCGAGUGGUCAUGCGCUCCAGGUUGGCACGGAGAGAAAUCAGGUGCUUUGAUGCUGAUAGGAAAGGAGCUGGCUGACGGGGAGGAGUGGCGUCUGUCUCCGUCUCCCCCCUGCGCUCCGAUGUGAUGGGCAGACCGCCGCUGUGUAGCCAGGCGGAAAACUGCCCUUUCUGGCAUGAGCUGCUUCAGCCCUUUGGCACCAUAAGCAGAACGCAACACUCCACCAUCUCCACCAUCCAUCUGCAGCGUGGUUUAAUCUGCAACCUCCUGCUGCAGAUCUGACACUGCUAUUGUUACCUCCUGCUGCUGCUGCUCACUCCUCUGAAGCCAGGAGUCAGUUGAUAAAGAUGGAGAUUAGAGGCAGUAGGGUCACGCUAAACGUAGAUGCUGAGGGUUAUUUCUCCUCAUCUAAUCUCACAGAGUAAUACUACAAGCAAUCGAGGUCACCACCAUGAUACUUAAAGCCUUGAGGGUAUGUAAAAAUGCCUGUGUUGAUUUGUAGAAACGCUGCAGCAGCGAACAGACGGGGGAAAAAAAUCACAUCACUGCUUCUGCUGGAGAGGUCCUACAAAUCUGCUGUCAGUGGAUAAUUGACCCCAACAUGUAUUAGCUCACUAAUGCACACAGAAUUUUUGACACUACAUUUCAUUAAUCCGAUUAAGUCAAAAGCACAUUUUAAAUAUUCAGUUUAAUAUCAAAACACUUUGUAAAGAUAAGGAAGACAAAAAAUUAAUUUCCGCCUGAGGAUGACCGAUUUUCAAUUUGAUUUUUAUUACCCUCAGCUCUUUAUGGAUGACACAUCAUGACUUAGAUGACAUGGAUUUGAGAGUUACUAUCUGCUGCCACCUUCUGGUGCUCAGACUGCGAGUGUUCAACCCCUACAAAGCCAGUACAGAUGUACAAAACACUGCAGUUUCUCUACUGUCCAAUUGAGGCUGACUUUAAAAGCCAAGAGAGUCCCAUUAACACAUUAAAAUUUGAAGAUUUAGCAUGUCUACAGCCUGGUACGACUGAGUAGCCCAUUUCUCUGUCUCUCUCUAUAAAAAGUUUUGUUACUAAUUCAUUUUUAAGGUAUUAAGAUUGCGAGUUUUGCAUAAUUAGGGGUCUAACUAAAAAGUGACCUGCAGGCACAUUAGCUUUGAGAGGCUGGGAGCUGCCUCAGCUUCACCUCUUUACAUCUUACUAGGUCAACUGAAGGAUUCAUUGAGUCAGCAUUGUCAGUAUGAUCAUCGUCAUCUUUAGGCUGUUAAAACUGCUUCGGGAUGCAGCGGCUGACAUCACACAGACUACAUAUUGGGGCCAACUGACCUGGCGAACUGUUACUGGGGGAUGUACAAAGUAAAAGUGUUCAUUAAGUAAUAACGUUGAAGUCUUUCUUCCAUCCAGCUCUGAAUGUGACCUGUGGAUACAUUAAAAGGAAAAAAGGGAAUUUUUAGGGGUAGCAUAAUAUUUUGACUUUCAGUAUUUGUGUGAGAGAAGGGUAUAUCAAACAUGUUUGUGAGAACUCAAGGACAAGGUUCCCAUUUUAUGAUCUAACAUGUAAAUUAGGGCCCGACCGAUAUGGAUUUUUUGGGGCUGAUGCUGAUAGCGAUUAUAAGUCGAGAAAAAUCUGAUUACCGAUUAAUCGGCCGAUUUUUAAAAUUUUUUAUGAAUUUAUAAAAAAUGUAUACUGUUUACUAUAUACUGCUCUUCACGCUGACAGGAAGACCAACCGAUCAAACUUGGACCAGAAAAGCAUUUUCAACUCCCCCCGCUACCGCCGAUUGGCGCCUCCACGUCUUAACUCACGUUACUCACUUCUGAUCUGGUCUCAUCUGAAGACAUGCAGCUGUCUCAGUAAGAGAAGUAGCUCGAUCACGUAAUGUGUACUGUUGUUUAUUCUACCGUUACUAGCACGGCUAACAGUGUAGCAAGGCUAAUAGCAGGUGGCUAACUCAAACUUUAGUUUGCAUAUUACAUGGUGCUUCACUGUUAACUCGGUGUGACCGAAACCAGCACAGUGAGGAACAUCAUGAAGUGGGUUGAACUGAAACUUGUUGACUUAUUGUGUAUUUUACAAGCUGGUUUAUUUACCGUUGAGGCGGACCACUCUCCUCCGUGCGUCCCUGAGCUGAGGUAGUUAGUGCAUGAAGAUUGUCAUGAGGUCGCUGCGCCAUCUACAGGAUAAGUUAGGGAACUUUUCAAAUGGCGGCACAUUUUCGAAGUGAAACCGAAUCUUAUUCUCCACAUUUUAUUUCUGAAAAUAUCAGCGAAAAUUGGCGAGUUUUGGCCGAUUACCGACUAGCCUCAAACAGGCUAAAAUUUAAUUGGCUCGCCGAUAAAUCGGUCGGGCCCUAAUGUAAACAUAAAUUUGACUUCCCCACUUGAAAAGUCCUCUGGGUGUCAUUCGAAUCACUGCUGAGUAUGUUUUCAUUUGAAGAGAAUGUGCAAAGAUAAUAAAUAGUCAUCAAAGGCUGACUACUUUGUUUAAUAAAGAAACCUCCGUAUCAGCAGAGGGAGACACAUCUGACCGGUAUUUAACAUUUCUUCUCAAGCCUGACACAUCUCUCCAGCUCACUGCAGACAUAAACACGCAGGCUCACUCUCACACACUAAGAACUGGUGGUUUAUUUGAACAUGUGAGUCAGCCAGUCCCUGUGGGCCGCAGCUGGAGAGAGUAGAGCGCCCCACCCAGCAGCACCAGCGUCACAUGUGGUUGCAACUCCCCCUUCUUAACCCCCCCCCAAAGUCAAACUCCCCCCCUGAUUUAUGCGAGCCGGACACCCCUCCCCUUAACUUCAGGAUGUAUUGUCCUCCACUCACUGAGCUGAGUUAAAGUUUCAAAACGGUGUCGCUCACUUACAGCAGAGUGGAGUGGAGGGACUGUAGAGACACUGGGUAGCUACUGUUGGCAGCCAGAUGCCUGUUUGUGGUGAGUGUAUUUUUAUGUUUGGACUGGAAUUUGCUGCUAUGGUUAGAGCUGAUAGUUUCCUCUGGUUUACAGGGAAAACUUCAAGUUACAUAGCUUUGUUUAGGCAUGCAUCUUUCCCUGUGAGGCUGUUUUAUUCAGCUAAUGAAGGUCAUCUCAUUCAUUCAGUAGAAAGUCAGUGCUUGUUCACAAACAGACUUGAACAUCUACAGAAAUCUCAUAUAUAAUUAUUUGUGACAUUUUCUAAAAGCUUUUCUUGAUAUUUAAUCAAAUGUUUACAGGAUGAAUGACGAGUCUAGAGGAGAGAUUCAGAACGAGUUCAUCAAUGUGAGACAUAAAGUUCAUGCGCACAUAUCUUUUCAGUGGAUUUUGGAUCGACCUCAAAACCUGUUUGGCAAAUGUGUUGCUCUCUUGCAUCAGUCAGAUGAGACAUUUUCUGGAGUGUAGCCCUUUACAAAAAUCAACCUCAGUUUAUUCUCAGGGCGUUGCUGAUCAGAGCAGAUAUCAGUCGUAUAAAGUUAUUGCUUUGUUUGAACCCUCCAACACUCAUCGAUACUCCGCCACCUCUCGUGUUCAACCAGGAUAAAGUGAUACUAGUUGCUGAUGCUUUGUAACCGGGGCCUGGUUUUCUAAAAGGGUGAGACAGGACAGAGGAACUGUAAAAACACUCAUUAGACGCUCGGGGCCCCGGGGCCACGUGAAUCUUUUGUCUGCCUAUGAGAUGCUGAGCCACUGAGAAAUGUGACACCACACUCUCCUUUUCAAGCCUCUGUGGUUGAUGUCUCAUGCUGCAAUUUUGGCCCAGAAACCAUUAAUUUGGAGACAGGGAAAUGUAAAACACACUGGAAUAUUUUCCCAUUUUCGAAGUAUUCCAAGCUGGUAAUUGCCGUUGUUUAUUUGAUUUAACAUCCAGGUCAGUUUGUUUUCUAUGCUGAAGCUGUGUUUACGUUCAUCUGUUAGUGGGAUGCAUACACGCAUCGCGUCUAAUAAGCACUCAGGGCAAAGCAAUAUCAUGUGGUUGUGUCACAAUAGACUUUUUAUGUGGAUCAGCGGCAGUCUGAGGCAGAAGAGCAUCCACAGCCAGGCACAGCGCGGAGCUUCUCAGCCGGCCUCAACCUCGUUUCUUAACUGUAUGAAAAGCAGCCAGAUUUUCAGGCCUUUUCCACCCGGGGGGCAUGUCAUUUACCAAAUGAAUGGCCCUCUCUUCUGGACAGUUGAGCCAGUCACAGUCUAUCAUGCCACGAGACAAGUGAGCACACAGUAUUGCUUUUCACUGCAGAGGACUGUUUUCAGAGGGCGCAUUUGCAUACAUUCAGGAAGUGGCAUAAGUGAAGCAAAACAAUAAUUAUCAUGUGUGGAAUGGUUUAUAGACGCUCUUAUUAAUGGUGAUCCCACAGCUCACAUUUGCCUAUAUUGCAUACAUUUUAGCGCCCUCUGUGGACAAAGUGUGGACCCUAAACCUGAAAAAAUACUGCAAUAGUUUAGGUUUCUGUUAUUUAAAGUGACAGGGAAAAAAUAUAUAGGAAAUAAAUACUAAAAGUAUGUUUUUGUUCUUUUAACUAUUAAAAGUUGUAAUAUUACCGUGAUGCUUGUUAUUAUUUGGAUGUAAGAGCCUGUUUUAUCUCAUGAUGUCCAGCAGCUCUGACAGCAGCUCUGACACCUACACAGGGAUGUAGAGAGACAAGGGGAGGAGAGAGUACAGGAAGAGGGACAGGUUUCUUCCAUGGACUGUGUAUACUAUGGACAACUUGGUUACGACUUCCAUCAUUAUAUGAAUUUGAAGCCGGAUUGCUCUCCGUAUUUCCGGGAUUUCCUCCACUUACUGGAACCACCACUUGCGCAUUCGGCGGGAGAGUCUCUGUGAUGACGCUCGGCUCAAACAGCAGUGAACUACGCAAUCUUCGUCCGCCCAUAGGCUGUAUAUCAAGUGUCAAUCAUAGCAAACAUGAACCCACUUAUAACUUUUAAAAAUGGAGCUGUACAGAAAAAAGAGGAGUUGAGCACAAACCAGUCUUAUUGUGACUACAUGUCAACAUCGCAAGCAGGGGGGAGAAAAAUUUAUAUUCUGUGAAAUAAAUUUCUAAAGUUUGUCCACAGCUCCAUAGGGAUUGCUGGAGGAGGCGGGAUUUAUGACCUAUACUGCAGCCCGUCACCAGAGGGUGCUGUUUUCACGGUGGCUUCACCCAGCGAGGAGGCAGACAGAGUCCAUUCUAUAUCCAGUCUAUGGUUUCUUCAUAUACUCAUCUCAGGAAUUCAGUUGACUCGACAUUUGAUCAGUAAUUUAAUACGUCUCUAGUUAUUUUUAUUUUGGGUAACCAUUGUCAAAACACUACACCGUACAAGUGAAGAAAGUAGCGAACACAAAUCUCCUUGAAUUUAUUGUUGCUCUUGAGCUACAUGAUAGAAGAAGAAGAUAAGUGUGUUUCUGCUGCUGUCGGAGUUUAAAAAAAAAAAAAAGCCCCUGUGUUGAAAAUAAGUUUGAAUUUCCUCUACAGUUCUGCAGAAGUUUUGUUCCUCUUUGGGACCAGAAUGAACACAUACGUGAGGUUUCCUUCAAAGGUCUUUAGGCCACAGUACUCAGCAGAAUCCCUCAAUGAUUUAUCUGUUUCAUGUCUUUCUUCCCACGUGCGGGCUCAUAACUUAAAGCAGCACAAUUGUAGGAAGGCCUAAAGGGGUUACAUCCAGAAGAGUCUGAUGUAUUUCAGGACAAAGACUCAUCUGACCGAGUGAGUCUUACUUCUCGUGAUUUACGGCCGACUGGACCCUGGCCUCUUGAGUCCACUCCUGAUGACUGCAAGAGUGUAGUAAGAGUUGUAGCUGCGUCAUUAGGUGCUUCCUUCCCUCAUGGGGGUCAGGUCUGAGGAGGUCUGAAGAGGUGAGAGGGUCAUUGAGCAGGAAGACAACAAGCUGAGGCAAAGACUGAGGCAAUAUCACAGCUGGAAGUCUCUGAUACUUUGACACUCCCGGGGCUUUAUCUGAGAGUUUCCUGUCUGUUUGUUUUGCUGGUGACCGUACUAAACCUUAGAACAAUGGCUUUAAUCCUGACAGUGGUCUGUGUUUACAGUGUUCGCUGCUAGACGACAUCUCGCUCGACCACUGCUGGGUGUCGUUUUCCUCCUCUGGUUUCUGGUGAUAUCUGCUUGAAUGCCUCUUUAUCUCUUUUAGGAUGGCUCGGUGGGGAACCUUGAUGACCUGGUGCAGGAGUAUUCACAGUAUUACGGCACCUCCCUCAGCGACGUGUGUGAAAGGAUGGAGGAGCUUCGGAAACGCAAAGUAGUACAAGAUGCAGAGAUGGUAAAAAAAAAAACAAGCCUUUUUCUUGGAAGUUCAGACCCUUAGUCAUCAAAAAUAAUCAUAUCUCAGCACUCACCGCUGCUGUUUUGAUUGUUUACUUUUCUGUAUUAUUGAGGGGUAAUUUUAGAACACAGGUUUAUUUAUUUUCUUUGACAGAAAGAUUAAAAAAAUCUAGAAACAAGAGGGAGCUGCUAACUCAGCUCUGUCAGACGGUGACAAAAUCUGGCUACCAGCUGCCUCCGAACUCUCUGAUGCUGUAUCCAGUUUGUUGACCCGAACAAGCUGCUCCCAGCUUUUGUGCUAAUCUCAUGCGGUUUCAUGUGUCUGUUAGUAUUGUCUUUAGACUAUUUGCUCCUGUAGGGACACUUCAUACAUUUGCUCACCUUAUAAAUACAAUCAGAUUCAAACUGAAGUAUCAAAACACUUGUGUCAAGUCUUCUUAAAUUCCUUUUUCAUGUCAAUUCACACACCUGAACAGCAGUAACAGAGGUCAUAACCAGUGGCACAUGACUUUAAACCAGUGUUAGUCCGUAAUGUGGGCAGGCAGAUUCAGCGAACUGAAUAUUAUUUCUAUUUCUGUACUGUGGUGACACUAUAAUUUACUCCUCCACUUCCCCCCGCCUGUGUGUUUCAGGGAAAGGUUGACUCAGUGGCCACAUCACUGCAGCUCCGCUCUCAGAUCCAGGUGAGCGUCCAGCUCUGAGUGUGUCAGACCCCAAGAGGAGGCAACUUCCUCCUGUGUGCGUCAGCAGAGUGACUGAUAAAAAAGAGGCCAAGAAACUGCCUGGUCAUGAUAACUUAAGCAAAACCAGAGUGAAGGGUUUGAAAAGUGAUGUUUGAAUGAUUGUAAUGUGGGGAGGUGCCCUGUAAGUUUCCUGUAAUGCUGAAAACAAAUCCUUAAAUAGAAAUCACUUACCCGAGUGGAUUUUGCAUCAAGUUACACUAGAGAAAACAUUUCAUUUUAUUCAUUUAUUUAUUUUAUAUUCAUUAUUUAAAGUUAUUUGUUCCCUUAAAAAUGUGUGUUAUUAAGUCUGAUCUUAUCAAUUUCAUGCAAAAGAACUAAAACGUUAGCAUCGAUAACAGCUCUGAAUCAGGGCUCUGUCGCUCCACAAUGUUUAACUUCACACUCUGUCUCAUCCUCUGAAGGAAUCCCUUGGACUUAGCAGUACCACCUCCACUCCAGAGACAGAGAGAAGGUAAAAACUAACUCAUCUAAUGCAUGACACUGUGUAUUUAGUCAUAGGAGAGUCCCAGCGUCAUUGUCGAGAAGACACGCUGAGUGAAGCAUCAGUGGGAAGAGACACGUGUGCGAUGGAAGGAAAAGCUUCGAUAAUCUCUGUAAUACAAAACAUGACAGGGUCUGGAAGUGUUUCUACGGACUACAUUAUUUUAUUACCACUCGAUCUGUCACUUUAGCUCUUCUUCUUCUUCUUCGUCUAUCUCUGUGUCACCUGGAGAACAUCUGCCUCUUCUCUCCUUCCUGGUGCCCUCAUAUCACACCAAUGAAGCAUUUCUGUGUCACCUCCAAACUUCCUUCCUUCCCCCCAUUGUUUUCUUCGAGGGAUUUCAGAGAUUAGUCAGCUCUCCAAUUUGUCAUUGGAAAGCUGAAUAUGAUGAGGGAAUUGGGGGAUGAGUGAUGAUAAAGCAGCAUAUUGGUUCGAUUAAGCCUGUUAAAGAGUCAGGCCUCUAAUAUUCACAACCUAGACAGGGACACAUCAGACGGGACUUUGUUUUUUAUACCAUAUGUAGUCAGACGGGAUCCCAAGACUGCCCUCUAGUGGCACAAGCACACCUGGAUGUGGAUGGCAUAAAGUUUCCUACUAUUGUCAGACUUUAGUGAAAAUCAAACAAGUGGGAUUCUUUGGCAACUAAAACAGCUUUUCACCCGGAAAACUUCUAGCCUUUGGCAUUACCUUGAAAAAAACUCUCCAGUAAAUUCUCUUGAAACGCUGAGUUUUUUUCCUCUUUAGAAAUUAUAUCGUAUGUUUUAAUUAACAAUUGUGAAAAACAUUAUUUUUAAUCUAGAGGUUAAAUAAGUAAUUUUAUUUCAGGCUGCAUUAUAAAUAAAAUCAAAUUUCUUACCACAAAGUUUAGUUAGGACAUCUCAUAUACACCAGCAACAAGUGUCAACAAAGAGAGAGACCACAAGAGAGAAAAAGAGAGAGACGAUUAUAGACAACAAAGAGCCCAGAGAGAUGAAGAGUGACAGACAGACACAUAUAGCUCAUAAACAGACCAGAGACACGUUGAGUGAGAGACAGACAGACAGACAGACAGACAGAGAGCGAGGGUGAAAGUGUGCGGAGAAUGCAGAGGCCACGUUAGUGCUGCUGCGGCUGCAAAACCCUGACUGGACAUGAAAAAAGGCUCCAUUGUUCCUGCGAUGGCCGGAGAGCACUGACCUCAGUUCAUCAGCCAAGAGCAGCCGGUCUUUUCAUCAGUUUUGACUACUUUGAUUUCUCUUCACUAUGAUGCCAGUGUCAUGAGAGACAGAGCGCUUUUGUGAUUCUUUCCUUUUUUAGUUUUGAUCUGACGCAAGUUGAUCGGAUAGAGAGACAUGUUUUUUGAGAUGGUGGGCUAGCAAGGAAAAUGAAGAAAAUAACUUGGGAAAACAGGUACUGUUGUGUUUUGGGCUUUGGCUCGACUUUUCACUGUUUCAAAGAAGUUAACAAAUUGUGGUUUUUUUUAGGUUUACGGUGCACAAAUCCAGCUCUGAUGAGGGAUCAGGAGGUACGUUUACAUUUAUAUGGACUCCUUUGGCACCCUUUAUAGAAAAACAGCCUUUGAGUAAAAGUGACAUCAUCUUUGCAGCCUUUUUUUCUUCUCUACUAAGUUUACAGAAAAAUAAGAGAAAUGUGUGUUUGUUCUGUUUUUAUGGAUGCUUAGUUUUACGUUUGGUCCCACACAUUUGCUUUUUCUUUCACUUCCAUGAAAGUGUGGACUCGAUCUUUUUUUAAUAGUGAGAAACUGCAAAUACAUGUUUGUGUUUUUCUCACAGAACAAAGUCAUAAAUCUAUGUGUAUUUUGAGAUGAUGCUGUUUCAGACUUGUUGUUAUGAUUGUAAUUUUAACUCCUCUGUUUGACAGGGAAAUGGGAUGGAAAGAGGAAGGGCAAGUCUUUCUGGCACAGUUUUCGAAAGUCACAGAAAGGAGUGACGCGGCAGAUUUCCAAAGGUAUUUUGAAGUUUUUAAAACAUUUCUGAAAACCAUCAAAAUGAAUUUCAUGAUAACUCGUUGACAUUUUCUUGUUUCGGUAACACUUAAUUUGGCGCCUAUCUCUAUAAUGCAUUAUAAAUAUAUAUAUAAUGCAUUAUAACCACAUUAUAGCACUGUAUAACUAUAGUUAUAAACACUCAUAAAUGAUCAUAAUGCUUUAUAACAAUAAUCAUAACACAUUAUAAAGCAUUUUAUCAUGACUUACAAGGUCAGGUUUUAUAAUGUGUUAUUACUGGUAACAACUCACUGACAAUGCCCACAUGGAUAAUGCAAUGCAACUGUUGUUACCAGUAAUAACACAUUAUAAUAGCUAACCUUGUAAGUCAUGGUAAAAUGCUUUAUAAUGUGUUCAUGUGAUUAUUGCUAUAAAGCAUUAUGAUCAUUUAUGAGUGUUUAUAACUAUAGUUAUACAGUGCUAUAAUGUGAUUAUAAUGCAUUAUACAUGUAUUUAGAAUGUGUUAUAGAGAUAGGCGUCAAAUAGAUUGUUGCCUAAGUUUCUUCUACCUCAGCAGAUAUAAAAGAUCAGAUUUUUGGGGGGGUUUUUUUUGCAGGUGAUGAUGUUGGUUUUGUGGCCAGUGAAAUCACCAUGAGUGAUGAAGAGCGCAUCCAGCUGAUGAUGAUGGUGAAGGAGAACAUGAUUUCGAUAGAGGAAGCUCUGGCUCGGGUACGAUCAUGCAUCCCUUAUUCUGCACUUUGCUGUUAUGUGAAAGCCUAGUUUUCCUACUUUUGUCAAGUUAAAUAGUUUCUUUCAAAAAGACAGUGUUAAACCUAAAUAGCUGCUUUGAAUAGAUUCUUCAAUGUAACAUGAAGUUGUACCAAAGACUCGUGGGUAAAUCUGGACACAUUCAAAACAAAUGAAAUAAUCCUUUCAGCUCCGGUCAGUGUGUGAUGCUAAUUCAUGUUUUCCAGCCCUGCAUCAUGUACAAACAUCUUUUGUUGCAGUUGAAGGAGUUUGAGGUACAAAACAGACAGACGUGCAGAUCUGAUCACACAGACUGGCCCGAUCCCUCCAGUCCAAACACAAACGAGCUGCUCAACUGCAACGUAAGUCUCUCAGCCCCUCUUGUCUGAAAGCAUCUUAGCUGUUUUUCUAUCUGAAUCACAACAUCAGGCGUGAAGGUUUGAGAUCCAUCAGUGCCAAGGCUGUUGAGCUGUUGACAGCCCACUGUCUUUCCCUCCGUCCCUGUCCCAGCGUUGAACCAGGGCCCCUCUAAAGCCCUGCAGCUCAGAGCCUUCUCCCAACCGCAGGGCACAGGGUGGACUUCUAUUCAUCGCUGUCAAAGCGCUAACCCCCUAUUGUGCUGCAGUGAGCGGGUGGAUUCAGCACAGGGCUGUGUUAUGCAGGCCACAGCUCUUUUAUGCAUGGGUGGGGUGAUUAGGGGGCUCAGGUUCAGGGCACAUUUUUCAGAUUCGUCUGGAUGGCCUGACUGUUUCUCUUUGCUCUGUGUGUGUGUUCUCUUGUCAUUUUCAUGCUGUUUCUUUGUGGAUUAUAGACCGUGUUUACUCACAUAAACGCUCUCUUAUACGUUGAAAACUGCUCAUCAGCUUUCACUUCUUCUGUUCGCAUCUAUUCUGGGUGUUCACACUAGAAUAGUGUUGAGAAAAUUGAGAGACGAUAUCUGGCCUGAGAGUUCACAAAUACCACAACCUUGUCAGUAACCAUCGUGGCUUAGCUGAUUUCCAAGAAGCUUGCGUUUCAUUUGCCACAUGUAGAAACUCUUCUGUAGUCUGCAGUGGAGCAGAGAUGUUUGCACUGAUCUCACUUGCAUCUGUGGUUUCUUACCACAUAUUUAUAAUUAGGCUGCAGGUACUUACCAAAGCAUCUGCAGCACAAACACAGCUUUAUUACCUACUACAAGUUAUGAACAAACUCUAAUACACACUUUGUCUUUACCAGUAAAAGCUCACAGUCUUUACUUUGAGUAUAAAGACAGCAGAUGUGAUAUGUCCUCUCAUGUCCAAAAUGUUCAGAUACACAACUGUCAGCCCUCUCCAUUGCACAAAACAUUUCUGUUGAUUUAUAAUAUUGCUUCUGUUGUUCCCAUCAGCCUUGCGACCUGUCAGACACCGAGCAAGAGGAAUCUGUGACAUUCAGGAGACUCCACAAACUGGUCAACUCAACCCGGAAGGUGAAGAAAAAGCUGAUCAGAAUUGACGAGUCCAAGAGGCCCGGAGCAGACGGUACAAAAAACCACCAUCAGGCUUUCACUCAAAAACCAUGAACUAGAUGUGACAGCUGUCAUGUAACCCCAAUUCUGAGGGUGUGGAAACGUUGAUGAAAACAGAUGUUGAUGGUUUGCACAUCAUUGAAAGCUUUUAUUGAACUGAAAUUAGUGCAAAGACAAUCGAGCAAAUGUUUAAACACAGUUUGGGAUUUCCUUUGUGGUAUUAUGUGUUUCAUUAUGUGUUAAACUGGCAUUUGAAUGAUUGCAUGCAGAAAACAUACAGCUAGUUAGUUCCUCUCCUCUUCAGAGUUUGAAUUCUUAGAUUUUAGGACAGUUUCCCACUUUGCUUCAGUCCAUCUUGAAUAAUCUCAACCUAGAGACCCGAGCUGCUGUUUCUGGAUCAGGUUUAUGUUUCGUUUCUAAAGUGUUGUUUUGCCCAUGCAGUGAUUUCCACUACAGAGUCAUGUCUAUUUUUAACGCACUGAUGUGUGAUCAGAGCGAUCCGGUAUCCUGUUGCGAAUGAACCUGAUUAACUUCAGAGGUAUUCCUCCAGGUUUGUUGCAGACAUCCAAUCUAAAAUGAUGAUAUACAGUGAUUAUUUUCAUAAAACAAUACAAUAAUUCAUUUUUAACAUUUUAUAUGUUGUUUUUGCAAACCAUCAAAACCAGUUUUAUCAACAUUUUACACAGUUUCCCAACAUUUUGGUCUUGGGGUUGUACUUUCUCGAGUCUUUAUUCUUAGUGGUCUAACCCUGUUUUGUGAUGCUGUCUGGUAAACGCUGUAAAAAUAGUUUAUAUUUCUGAAAAACUGUGUGUGUUUCCAGGAAGAUGACCUCGUGUAUAUAAAGAGAAAGUCUACCUGAGAAAGCGCGAUGCUGAACGUGACGUAGAGUCUAGACAAAAUACUAGUUGUUGUGUUCGAUCUAAUUACUGCUUGACGAUGCAGUCGUACGACAAAAACAGUAUUUAUAGCGAGUUUUUGCUGCUUGUCAAGUAUCCGGUUUUGAAGGCUGGAUUUUUCAAACAUUUUUGAAGUUUGCAUGAUAAAUAAUAAAGUAUGUUAUUUAAUGACUGACACAGUAACCCACAAGAGAUUGUAGCACUCAUUGGCUACCUCAUACCUGUUUUAAGUUUUUCCUUUAAGUUAAUUGUUCGACUUUUUCCCGUUUUUCAUCCCUGUCUUUAAACCCUGCAGAGAGUGUAAACACAGACGGUCUUCCCUGUGGAGAUGCCGCGGCCCCCCUGUACUCAGGCGUGCAGAAGAGGCCCACUCUUUGCCCCAUGGACUCCUUGGCUUCGGCUCUACAGGAGCAGCUCACCUACGACAGAGACUCUGACAGCCUGACCACCUCCCCCUCCUCCAGCAGCCUGGACACCUGCAGCAGCCAGAAGAUCUUCCAGGUAUACAGAGAGCCCGGCGUGAGCCCAGUCCGACAGGAGACGAGUGCGGCAGGAGAGGUGAGGGAGGCGGUUGAGGGCAGCGGGUCCUCCUUCUCUGAGAUGGACGCUUGCAAUGAUGAGGAACCCAAAAUCGCUCGCUCCGUUACCGAUGGAGAACUCCGUCACCGGAUCCUCAGCCCGCUCAACUACCACGGGGUGAGUACAGAGGAGCUUUAGUUGAAGCUAUUGUUCUGAAUUAAUCAGCGUUACCCUCAGGCAGUCGAGUGCAAGUGCAAUCCUUUAAGUGAAUAAAUCACUGGGAUACGCUCUCAGCUUGGAGAUGUGUGGUGAACUGGUUUAAACGAUCACAGAUGACUGCAGCCGUAUGGCCUGAAAUGUCCUCAGCUAUCACAUGAAGCCUGAUCUCAUGAGGAUUAUACAGUUCAUUUUCCUGUUCUGAUUUUUGCGUCCUACAAAUACCCUGAGCUUGUCUUACCAGUUCGACACCAAACUGGAACUUGUUUUUGAAUGUAUGACUGUUAUUCUUGUUUCUUUGAACAGAGAGCUUGUAGCUUUGGAGGAUUUGACCUGACCAACCGCUCAGUGCAUGUGGUCAGCUCUGAUCACGAUAACACUGUACGUAACUUUUAUUUUUCCUGAGUUACAAAAGGAGACAAAAGUCGAAUUAAAACAAAUGGAUAAUCUUUUUAAUUGCUGCUCUCUUUUUUUCUUUAAAUCAGAACACAGACGGUGACGGUGGGAGAGAUCCCGUUAAGUCUCCGGCAACAUCUCGUAUUUCCCUCGGCAAAAAAGUGAAGUCAGUGAGAGAAACUAUGAGGAAACACAUGACUAAGAGAUAUCACACCUCACUCUCUGAGCAGGUAUGUUUAUCCAUCACCGCUGUCUAUUGUCCAGAUGUGUCGGGACGUGGAGCAAAGGUAAUCAUUUCUUUGUUCUGUGUUUUUUAGUCAAGCCCAGACCGCAUAUCCAGCUGCCCUCACUCUCCUCACACUGACUCUGACUCUCUGGAGAAACCCAAACUGAAGCUUGGCGGAUCAGUGGAGAGCCUGAGGAGUUCCCUCAGUGGACAAAGCUCCAUGAGUAAGUCUGUGUGUUUUCAUGAGACAGAUCUGGGUGGACUUGUAAAUAUCUUCCAGCGUUUGUUUUAACUUGGCCUCGGAGCACCAGAUGUCGGGUGUUUUUCAGGAAAGUCUUUCAAGGUCAUUAAAUAAUCUUCGUGGCAGUCUAAACUUUUCGGUUUUAUUGUAUUUGUCUGAGUGUAAGUUUGUGUAAGAUCUGGCACUUCAACCCUGCAUGGGUCCGUGAGAACUUGAAAAAUAUUUUUAACACGCCUUUUACUCUGCUUGAAGUUUCCCAUUUGUCUUUUGGUGGUUUGUGUAGGCGGUCAGACUGUGGGCACCACUGACUCCUCGAACAGCAACAGAGAGAGUGUGAAGUCUGAGGACGGGGAGGAGGACGAGCUGCCUUACCGUGGACCCUUCUGUGGGCGCGCUCUAGUUCAUACUGACUUCACUCCCAGCCCCUACGACACAGACUCCCUCAAACUCAAGGUGCGGCCAUGUUAUCCAUCCUGGAAAUCACACAUUUACAAAGUGACGAUCAUACGUCUCUCAUCGUACUAAAUCAUCACUGUCCUUUCCCUGUAGAGCGGAGACGUCAUUGACAUCAUCAGUAAGCCUCCGAUGGGAACAUGGAUGGGAAUGCUCAAUGGGAAAGUCGGCACCUUCAAGUUUAUAUAUGUAGAUGUCCUUAACGAAGAAGAGGUCAAGCCUAAAAAGACACGCAGGAGGAGGAAGGCCCGGCAACCCAAGCCCACCUCCGUGGAGGAGCUGCUGGAUCGCAUCAACCUCAAAGUACUAAAUAUUAACAUACCAUCAAUACAUGUCAUACACAGGCAAAGAAUCAAGACAAUAACAGAGACACAAAGGCAGCAGUGACUCAGAAACUCAAGUGAGUGACUGUUAGCUUAGCCUGAGGUCUGGAUAUAGAGGGAGAUCCCCAACCUGGCAAACAGCUCGCCUUGCUUACAAUCUGACUGCAUGGAAAAAGUAUAGAAUAUGUUGAUAAAAACAGAUUUCGAUCAUUUGCAAAUCAUUUUAACACUGGCAGAGUGGUAAAAACAGUCACCCAGAAGAAAAAACUCAACUAAUAAUGUUCAUUUAGGGUCAGGAACAUGACUGGAUAUGUAAACAAACAUGCUAGAGGGGCCGAGAGACUGGGUGAGCAAAGAGUUAAACUACUUCAGUUCCUCUGCCUAAAAUUGAAAAGACUGGGGAUUUCACCAUCAACUGCACAUAAUGCCAUUUAAAGAUUCAGAGGACUCUCUCCAAAGGGGACAAGGUCUAAAUCUAAUACUGGAGGGCUGUGAUCUUCAUGCCUUUAAGCGGCACUGCUCUGAAAACAGACAUGAUUCUGUAGUGGACCCAAUACAAGUUCUGUUUCUGGAUUUUUGAAACUGCUUUCCACCUUCUGAGGUUAUAAAUUUAGUGAAGGUGUUGUCGUGUGUGUGGAAAAUUGUCCUUCAAAAAUGCAACUUUGCCAAUAUGACGUGAGUUUUUCUGAUCUGUUUGUGCUUCAUCCGUCUUUUUGUCUCGACAGGAGCAUCUUCCUACUUUCCUUUUUAACGGUUAUGAGGAUCUGGACACUUUCAAGCUGCUUGAGGAGGAGGACCUGGAUGAGCUGAACAUCAGAGACCCUCAGCACAGGGCUGUGCUGCUCACUGCUGUGGAGCUGCUGCAAGAGUACGAUGGUGGAUCAGGUAACCAUCAUGAAACUUUUGAAACAUGCAAAUACUGUCACACACAUGAAAACUAUUUAUGAGUUUGAAAUAUUGCAAUAAAGGGUCUGAACUCCAGGAGGGAAUAAAAAAAAUGUACAUGAGAAAACCGAACACCUUUUAAUUCAUGUACUUGCGAUUAAAAGUUGUCUGAAUAUAUAUAAAGCUCUGCUAUCUCAAAGCUUUGCAGCCGUUUGUUCCUUUGAUAAGAUGUGACAGUCUGCCCCCUGUUGCUUGAUUUGUGCAUUGCAGGGAGCAGCGACCCCGAGCGCGGCAGUCAGUCUGGAGGCUCCCAGGAGAAGCUGCUCCUGGAGCGGCGCGGCCUCGUGGGAGACUCCCCGCGGGACUCCGGCUGCUACGAGAGUAACGAGAACCUGGAGAACGGUAAUGACAGCCUGAGUCGCCUGUGAAUUCUCUUCUCCUCUUCUGCCUCAUCUCCACUAGACAUGCUCGCCCCGUCUUCAGGGUUUGUUUUUUUUUUUUCUUGACGCUCAAGCAUUCCAAGCCGACAAAAUCAGUUGUCAUACACUUCUGGAAAGACUCUUUUAUCUCCACACUUUCUUCUGAUGCUCUGCUUUUCUCCACAAGCAUCUUCUUCAAGUCAUACUUUCUUCUGUGUCCGCAUCAUUGAAUCAAGCAGUGGGUUAUCUUUGUCUCUGUAGUGCUUUUGCGAAUUGACACUACUUGCCUUUUUACUACAAGUGUUUCCCGUUCAGUAUUUGAAAUGGGGAAACACACGGACUAGAGAGUUCUCUUACAUCAUGUGAAACUGAGCACUGACCUCAUAAGACAUCUGAAACAGCCUUGAGCGAAGAAGCGUAUGUGGGGCAGCUCAAAAAAUAGAUCUGCAGCUGUGGGCUGUGUGGUGGGUUUUUUUUUUUUGCAUUUGCUAAAAAAGUGACUGUAGCACCGGUACAUCUUAAAUAGUACAAAAAAAAAAAAAUCCCAGACUCGGUGGUACACAUUCACAGCGAAUGCUUGAGUUAUUCAUAGCUAUACCAUGCUUACUGUGUGAAGAUUUCAGUCUUAAAAUCGUCUUAGCCUGCAGUCAUGCUUCCUGUAAAUGACCUUGUUGUGAGUUUGGAGACUUUAUGUGGUUUGAGAUCUGUCAGCCACACCUGUACAGCGUGUAUUUCUCUCAAAAUGUGGCUGUUUGUGUGUAUAUUUUUCUAGUCCAGUUAAAUAUAAUGUUGCACAAUAUUUUAUCAUGUGCCUGAAAACUGUUUCAUGCAGAAGAAUUGAAGAACUUACUUCUAAGUUUAAUUGUUAAAAAUGGCAUUUUGUAUUAUUGUUGAUGCACUAAAAUGCAGACCGAAGACUAACCGUGAAUCUGGUGGGACACUCUUUGAGGCAGGGUCUGAAGUCUGAGCAUUUUCUGAAGUGUGCUUCUGUCAUGGUUGAGCGUGAGGAAUAAACUGCUCCAUACUUUACCCGACUCGACAGCUUCCCUCUUUUCUUUCAUGCGUCGUUCAUUUUUUCAGAGCGCAUUUAGAUUUCUGUCCUGGGCUCUUCUUUCACUUUCGCCACACCUCUUAAGACACUCAUCAUCCUGCUGUUAAGGGUGUAUUUAAGUUAAGUACAUCACCUGCGUACACUUCGCUUGUUUAUUUCAGGAAGGGACAAAAAGACGUCUUCAUCCAUGAGCAGGUCCUCCUCUGGUUUUGAGUCAAGCAACCUCCCGUCCCCAGAGAAUCCUGCCCUCCCUCACCCUCUGACCUCCACCUACUUUAGUAAGACAUCGCUCCAAAGUAAACCAGCAUGCCUCCCCUGUAGCCCACCAUCACUAAGACCCCCUAAGAAGAGCUUAAGUCCUCUAAGCCCACCAAAAGGUCAAGCUCCCAGUAGAGCUGUUCGCAGGAGCCAGAGCUGCAUGGAGCUGAGAAGACUCCCAGCUCCAGGGCGGCUGAGGAGGAGCCCGUCCCUCACUAUCCACCCCAGACAGUGGAACCUGAAUCUGUGCACCAGCAGGAGAACACAACUCGCAGCAAAUCCUCAAAAACAGAGUGAGGUCAUGUCUCCAACCUCAUCACUUAACGCUGAGAGCAGCACUUCAAACACAGACAUAGUCAAAGUAUUUGCACCUAAACAAGCAGAAACAACAGCGAGCACAUGCCUCCAGCUGCCACGCACAGCCCCAGCAGGAAGGUUCAAUCAUCCUUCAACUUCAUCAUCCUCAAAUAACCCGCACACAGAGCCCCUCACGACACAGACGGCCGGCAUGGAUGACCUCACACACCACAUCUCUUCAGAGGACAAGAGGAGUUUUUCGAUAUCUGCCUCCUCAGCAGCCCGCAGACUGAAACCACCACAGAGGAACAAGAGGACGUCCACAGACUCCGUUAAUCUGGGAGUCCAGAUAGAAGACAGAACAGUGAAUCCACUUUCUGAACUACAAUGAACUGUCCCUGUUUGGAUGUUAAGUGUCGCUGGUGGAUAAUUAACAUCUUUAAACCACUUUUUUUAGUAUCGUUUUUUCUCUUUCAAAUAACUUGUUUUUGUAUGUUAGCAUGGGUUUAAAUCCUUAUUUAAUGUAAAAAUGCAAGUGGUUUCUUCAUCAGGUGUAUGUUACUGCCCACUGGGAAUAUGCAGCUUGUGUGCAGCUUUUCAUCUUGUUGAAGAUUUUUUCACAUCAUCAAAUCUUAUUUUCAACAAAAAGUCGAGUUGAAGUGAUGAAAAUUUAAUUUUUUAAAAGGGGUUUUCAAUAUCCUUUUUUUGUGAUCUUUAAUCAAAAUACCAGGAUACAAUGCAGAGAGGUAUUUUGUUGUGUUUCAGGUUGUAUCCAGAAGAUGGCGCACAAGAACACAAGUGAUUGCUUCAAUGCAUAGAGUAUGUAUAAAGCAUGUCGGAGUCAUAGUGAGGUGAACAAGUCUGGUGUUGCUGUUUUUGAUGCUUUUCUCUUUCACCAGGUCAUAAUUAUGUAUUUACAUGAAACAGUGGUUUACUAAUUAAAUAAAACUUGUACAGUACUGGUUUGAUUGAAAAGACCCUUUAAUUUAAGUGGCCAAUGACGGUGAUGCUAGAAAGAGCUGCACAUCUUCACAGAAACAGCACAUUGCUAAAGGCAGAGGAUGUUUUCAUGCAGGAGCAGUUCGAACCUUUUUACUCCUCCCGACCAGAAUCAGACUGAAGACUUAGAUUCAAAACCUUUUAUUAACAACAAGUGUUGUGGAAAAUCCAGCGUAAACUUAGUAAAACAAUGCACAGGAGACAGGAUGAGAUUUGAAGAACAGCCUGGGCGUCUUUUAUUGUACAGAUGUAGAAAUCUGUACAGAUGACAAAUAGAGUCCUGACCAAGACCGAGGGAAGCCUCCUUAGCUUUUUCUUCUACUUGCUUUUAUACUGUGUGUGUGCGGGUGUGCGUGUGUGUGCAUGAGUAUUCCGUCAUCAUGGGUAUAUCAUAUCAGUUCUCUAGAAGGCUACCCGUGAUGACAUGUCUGACCCUCAACACUUUGUUUAGACUAGUCUUAACUCUGGCAGAGAUAUAAUGUUCUGACAGACAGAUAGUUCUGGUCCCUGCGAGACAGCCUUGCUUACAACCUCAAAUGACGUCUACAUCUAUACUAUGCUGCAUAUCUCUCCACGGUAUCAUAAGUAAUGUAAUCCAGUAUUAAAAGGUCAGUAAUGCACAUUACAGUUGUUUAUUUCAUAAAAAGUUAUCGAAAAAUGAAGUUGAGGGAGAAGUAUAAAUCACGUCUAAAAAUAGACCGAAUCCCGACGUUGAAAUGAAGUAUAAAUUUAGACUAGACGUCUAAUACACGUCUUUUGCUCAGUGGGACGGGAGUCAAAAUGAACAUAAAGGACAAUAAUUUCCCUGGACUCUUGCGUCCCCGUGGCUGGUGUUAGAGGGUGCACACUCAAACACUUACACGGGUCUCGCUUACACGCACACACAUACACACUCAAACCGAGGCGGUGGAUUUCCACAAAGUAAAUACGAAAUGACGGUCACGUGGUUCAGAAAUGAACACAUGAUAAAAAAAACAUUCUAUUGUUGAAAUUAAGUGAAUAUAAAAGUGUAAAAUAAGUGAUUGUGGAUGGAUUAAGAGUUUAGAGGAAUAAACUGCUUUUAGAUGGUGAGAAAAUUUCGGUUUGUUUGAAAUUAUGUAAUUGAUAACGCCCCGUGGGAGUGGUCACAGGGUUCAAAAGAGGGUCACCUGAAGCUAUCGGUCCAUUCGCCAGCAAACUGAGAGGAAGCAACACCUUCGUCCAGAGCACAGGUAAGUAGUGAUGGCGAGAUGAAGCCUCAUGAAGCAUUGAAGCUUUCCAUCCAAUUACUCGCCUCCUGGGCCGAAGCUUCAUGAUCGUGCUUCAUUGACUCUAUUGCGCCAUCAAGUGGACAAUAAAUGUAAAACAGGCAGAGUGAUAAACCAAAGACACCCCGAGGCUUUCGUGCGCGAAGCUUUGAAUCCAAUGAAUGAAUGGAUGUGAUGCCGUGUGUUUGUGAUACAAUACAGAAAUGAUAAAGUUAUUAAUAUGGUGUUUGUCUUUAAGACACAGUUGCAGUGUCAAAAAGGGGAAGAGGACAUAAAUUAUCGAGAGGGUUGUGAUGUGAAUGUGUUACUUAGUUUGUUGUUCGUACUUUUGUUACGGGGACAACAAAUAAAACAUAAACAUUUCAUUUAUAUUUAUUUAUUUUUAUUUAAAAACAACUUUUCAACAAGUCUCGAGUCUAUGGAUUGUGAGUGGGGCAGGACUCCAUUGCGUUUCGCUGCCUGUUAAAUCAUCCGCCAAACCCGUGAACCGUUUCUUGAAUCAGUCACGUGGUAUAGCCGGGUAGCGAGGCUUCGGACGUCAUCAUUUUUGGCUCCACCCCUACAUGAAGCAAGCCUCGACACGCGCUUCGCAGAAACGCCCCCUUCAUUACUCGACACACGCUUCGAAGCCUCGGCACUGAAGGACACAUCACUACCUCUAACACCAGCCACGGGGACGCAAGAGUCCAGGGAAAUUAUUGUCCUUUAUGUUCAUUUUGACUCCCGUCCCACUGAGCAAAAGACGUAUAUUAGACGUCUAGUCUAAAUUUAUACUUCAUUUGUACAAAACCUGUCAGAACUACUGUAUGUGUGCAGCUGUAAGAAUUUAUAGUUGUGCAAAAAUACAUUUGUUGUACACAAAUGUAUGUUUUUAUAUAUAUGAAUCAUUAAGUUCUGAGUUUUUUUAAAUUUUAUUUUUAUGAAAGCUUUGCCCUUAUCCUUGAAUUGUGAAUUGUGAUACCCUCAGUCAGGAUUUUUUUACUCAGUUUUUUUAUUCAUCAAAUUUUUUCUCAGUUGUUGCUUUUUUGUUUCUCCUAAAAUUCACUAGGAGAAAUAGUUGAGAAUAUAGCAGCAGGGUUCUUGUUUGAGACCUAAAGCAGAGAGCUUAUUAAUGGUUAAUUUUAUCCCUAAACAAAAUGAUAAUGAGACACAGAGGAAGUGAAGAAACCACCAAAAUUAAACAGCAAUCCCAUGCCAACAAUACUACAAUAUUUGACAAAUCACAAAGUCUCCCAAAGUAAAAUUUUAAUUCUGUUUGAUUCAGGCGCCUGCUAUCCAUCAAAAAAGAAAGGAAAAAAAAAGAUCAUUUUAAUAACAAUAACUUUAUUUAUAUAGCACCUUUAAAAACAGACAUUUAAUUCAUGUUUUUUUUUUUUAAUCUUUUUAAUCACACAUACACAUAAAAACAUACGAGUGUAUAUGUGAGUUGAUUGUGGGAAGAAACCUGAGCACCAGGAGAAAACCCAGAGAAUAAUGUUAAGAGCUGGACUUGGGGUCCAGCACAGCUGCUGCUGCACUGCUGUGGAAGUCUAAAGUUCUGAGGGUGGGCCGUGGUUUUACGCUUGUGCUUUUUUGUGCUUAUUUUUUUCAAUGUUUAAACUGAUGGGGGGAGUUUUUUUUUCAACUUUUCAGUCAAACAUACACACAUAUGCAAAUAUAAACAUAUGUGUGUGUGUGUGUGACUUAGUUGUCGGGAGAAACCUGAGCAUCCAGGAGAAAACCGCACAGAAUAAUGCUAUUAAUUGGAGGUGUUUGAAUAUGUUAGUGGUCUGGGGAUGAGGAGUGUAUCAGCCAAUGGUUAUAUUCAUUGUGGAUGGAUGUACCUCCUUUGUCUGAAUACUUUUGUUUUUGGGCUGGGGUGGGGGACUGGGCUUCAGGUCUUUGGCCAACUGCAUUUUCCUGAUGAUGCAGGUUUUUGGAGCAUCAUAUUUCGUAAAGCCCCCCCUGUAUGGGGCAGAGCUUAUGGAGACAUCUUCGGGUAAAGCACAGCUAUCCUGUUUUCGUCUGAUUCGACGGGUUUCCCGCGUACUAUACCUCGGUAAGGGUUCCCUUGUAUUAGCAGCUGUAGGUCCAACCACGUGUCUGAAAGGAGGUGACGAUGAGUCGACAG